AUGGGCAGGUGUGGAAAUGGGCCCUGAUCCCAGAUCAUUAGGAGUUGGUAAAACCGCACAAACAGAUCUGGGACCAGGCUAUAGGGUAAUGUUUAUAUAUUAUAUGAUAUGAUAUUUUAGAGUAAUGUUUGUACCAGAGAGAGCUGUUCAGGCUAGACUGGGUGCAGCUCAAAUGGCACCCUAUUCCCUACAUAGUGCACUGCUUUUGACCAGGGCCUAUAGGGUAGUAGUGCACUAUAUAGAGAAUAGGGUGCCAUUUGGGACACUACCAUGGCCUGUUCUGUGAAGUUGUUGUUAUUAUUAUGGUUUGUACUUUGUAGGCUACUGUCUGGGAGGAGUUUCAUCAUAUAGAUUCAUGACCCUUCACUUUAACUAGCCCACAGCUGUUGGUGGGAAAGAAAGUCAAGCAGGUUUGCAUUGGCUGAGGUUGCAAAGUUUACAAGUUCAUGUGUGCGUGCAUGCGUGUGUAUCUCUACUAGGGAAAGAACUCUCUACCAAACUACUUAAUGUUACUGACUACCUGAGCAGCAGCAUCUUGUGUUACUAGCUCCUCACAAAGCUAAUAACGGACUCACUGUCGUCCGUCCCGUCGAUACCUCAACCGGCCCACAGAGAGACCGAAUGGCCCAACGGACUGGAUCCCUGCAGCGCUUAUCAAAGUCUCUCUCCCUCUCUCUGUUUCUGUUGUCUCUCUCUCUCUCUCUCUCUCUGUUUCUCUCUCUGUUUCUGUUGUCUCUCUCUCUUUCUCUCUCCCCCCUCUCUCUCUCUCCUCCCCUCUCUUUCUAUCUCUCCGUCCCUCUCCCUCUCUCUGUGUCUGUAUAGGGUGCCCAGUGAAAGUAUGUAAUUCUAGACCCUGAUAAAAGCACUGUGUUAUCGAAUAGGGAGUACAUUUUACAUUUUAGUCAUUUAGCAGACACUCUUAUCCAGAGCGACUUACAUGAGCAAUUAGGGUUAAGUGCCUUGCUCAAGGGCACAUCGACAGAUUCUUCACCUAGUCAGCUCUGGGGAUUAGAACCAGCGACCUUUCGGUUACGGCACAACGCUCUUAACCACUAAGCUACCUGCCACCCCAGCGGAGGAGGGAAAUCGUUGUAGCUGUCCGCCAUAGAAGAACUUAGUUUUUAAAAUCCCACCAACCCUAAGGGGAUCUGUAGGAUGGGGGCGCUGAGUUUGGGGGUUGGGGGGGAGGGUCAUGGGUUGUUUUUGUGUCGAUGUGUAAUGUGAUUCCCUAUUGACAUUAAAGAACUCUCUCUCUCUCUCUCUCUUUCUGAGCCUCUCUCCAUUCCCCCCCUCCUUCUGAAAGACAUCUUUCAGAAUUGGAUUACGGCGGCUGAAUGGUGUUUGUUCCCCCUCCGAUGUGUUUUUGUUCAGACACCCCCUACCCCCGUCUGUGUGUGUGUCCGCCGCUCUUCCAGGCAGCCCUCAUUAACAGGGUAAAUAUAUGCAUGUUGUCGUCCGUUGUCUCGGCCUGAACAGCCCUCUUAAAAGAAAUAUGACAACACAGGCACUGUGUGUGUUGUGGUCACAGUCAAGGAACCUUGUUCUCUACAGCAGGGCCUGUAUUCGUAAAGUUUCUCAGUGUGUGAGUACUGAUCUAGGAUCAGUUUAGCCUUUUAGAUCACAGUUAAUAUUAUUACAUGGACAGGUGGGACCUGAUCCGAGAUCAGCAGUUGAGAAGAAGGCCUUGUUUUGCUCUGUAGACCGAAUCUGAAAGUGGUCCUAUUUCCUACAGCAGGGCCUGUAUUCAUCAAGUAUUCAUAGGGCUCUGGUCAACAGUAGUGCACUAUAUAGGGAAUAGGGUGCCAUUUGGAACACAGCCAAGGAUUCAGUAAAGAAGCACAUUGUGCCAGUAUUGUUCUAAAUCCCUACACAAGAAGAUUCCUCACCGGGAAAAUAAAGUUAUUUUAAUUGAAAAUCUCUCUCUCUCUAAGUAGGGUGAAAUUAAUGUAGGAGAGAUUAUACAGCUGUAGCUGUCGUGCAAAUAUGUGAUUGCUUUUUUAAUAAUAUUGCAUUACUGUAGUUCAGGCUGUGUUUCAUCUAGGCAUACUCUGUCAGAUUAAUUUGGUGAUGGCUGGCUGGCUGUAGAGGCACAGGGAUUACCCCAACAUGUCACAAUCAUGUUUUUUGGUUAGAUUUCCCAUCAGUCGCUUGCCUGACUGACUGAAUGACACAUACGCACACACACACACACACACACACACACACACACACACAGGCACGCACACACACACCCACACUCUUGCCUGACAGUGUCAAGUAAUUUGCUUUAUUCCUCUCUCUCCCUCCAUCUCAACCGAUCCCUCCAUCUCUCUCUCUAUCCAUCAGAGGAGUUUUAUUAAGAUAUCUUGAUAGAGUUGGCAUCGUGUGUGUGUGCUGUGUGUGUGUGUGUGUGUGUGUGUGUGUGUGCUGUGUCUGUGUGUGCUGUCUGUGUGUGAGGGGUCAGAGGGUCCUGAUGGAUAUGAGGAUUGUUUCAUACUGAUGCCUCCUAUCACUAGUGAUGAUUGAGACCUGACCUACCAGGGUAGCAGCAACAAGCAUAAGACUGACAACAUUCAGGACAUCUGGACGGGAAAAUGAUGAAUAAUACACAUACUGUAUAGUACCACACACACAGGACACACACACACACACACACACACAAACACAAACACAGGACACACACACACACACACAAGACUGCACUAAAUUGGUCCGUGGACAUCCUCGGGAAAGGUGUGGGAGGAUACAGAUCUCAGACACAGAGAGUUCAUAUAGUGCCCUGAGGCAGAACACACAUACACACACACACACACACACACACACACACACACACACAAACACAGAGCAUCAGUAGAGGUCAACACUCUCCAUCUGAUACUGGUCUCUAGCGAGCUGAGAGAACAUAAUCAGAUGUCAUUGGGAGGUGGGGAGUGGGGGGGGGGGGGGGAGAAGAGUGUAAAAAUGGUCUGAGGGUUAACUGACAGAACUACAUCAAACAUUAUUCUGGAGAAACACACACACACACACACACUGUGUCACACACACUGACAGGGACUAACAUGCUAUGGAGCUGCUGCAGUGACUCAGUCACCGUGGGAGGAGAUGUAGACAGGACAUACACACUGUAGAAGUGACACGGUGUCAGCUACACUGGACAACAAGUGACACUGAGUCACUCCCCUACUGCUGACACACACACACACACUCACACACACACACUGUGGACACGCACGUGUGUGUGUGCUUGUGUGUCCUGUCUCCAUUUUCUGCCUGCCCUGAGGGAGACUCUGCAUGUCAGGACCCACACACGUGUACCCCAAUACAGAAUUAAGGGGGGGUGGUACGUCAAGCACCCCUCGCCAGCCCCCUUGGCUACCCACUUCUUUAAGUAUUCAUUGGAACACUGAGGGGCUGUGUCUGAAAUUGAGAAUAGGAUGCCAUUUCAGACACAGCCAAGGACCUGAAGGGGAGAAGGUCGUUGGCGGAUCUCACUGCUGUACCACAAGGGACUGAAACGUGAAGAAGUGUGUGUAUUGUGAAGUGUGUAUAGCACAGGCGGCUGGUGGCACCUUAAUUGGGGAGGACGGGCGUCAUAGUAAUGGCUGGAAUGGAAUGAAUGGUAUCAACGCAUCAAACAAGUGGUUUCCGUGUGUUUGAUACCAUUCCAUUCUAGCCAUUAUUAUGAGCCGUCAUCCCCUCAGCAGACUCCUGUGGUGUAUGGUGUCUAAGUGUCUAUAUUAUGAAGUGUGUAUGUUAUGAAGUGUGUAUCCUAUGAAGUGUGUAUGUUAUGAAGUAUGUAUUUUAUGAAGUGUGUAUACUAUGAAGUGUGUAUGUUAUGAAGUGUGUAUACUAUGAAGUGUGUAUACUAUGAAGUGUGUAUACUAUGAAGUGUAUAUGUUAUGAAGUGUGUAUACUAUGAAGUGUGUAUCCUAUGAAGUGUGUAUGUUAUGAAGUAUGUAUGUUAUGAAGUGUGUAUACUAUGAAGUGUGUAUGUUAUGAAGUGUGUAUACUAUGAAGUGUGUAUACUAUGAAGUGUGUAUACUAUGAAGUGUGUAUGUUAUGAAGUGUGUAUGUUAUGAAGUGUGUCUACUAUGAAGUGUGUCUACUAUGAAGUGUGUCUACUAUGAAGUGUGUAUACUAUGAAGUGUGUAUGUUAUGAAGUGUGUAUGUUAUGAAGUGUGUAUAUAUAUACAGUGGGGGAAAAAAGUUUAGUCAGCCACCAAUUGUGCAAGUUCUCCCACUUAAAAAGAUGAGAGAGGCCUGUAAUUUUCAUCAUAGGUACACGUCAACUAUGACAGACAAAAUGAGAAAAAAUAAUCCAGAAAAUCACAUUGUAGGAUUUUUAAUGAAUUUAUUUGCAAAUUAUGGUGGAAAAUAAGUAUUUGGUCAAUAACAAAAGUUUCUCAAUACUUUGUUAUAUACCUUUUGUUGGCAAUGACACAGGUCAAACGUUUUCUGUAAGUCUUCACAAAGUUUUCACACACUGUUGCUGGUAUUUUGGCCCAUUCCUCCAUGCAGAUCUCCUCUAGAGCAGUGAUGUUUUGGGGCUGUCGCUGGGCAACACUCCCUCCAAAGAUUUUCUAUGGGGUUGAGAUCUGGAGACUGGCUAGGCCACUCCAGGACCUUGAAAUGCUUCUUACGAAGCCACUCCUUCGUUGCCCGGGCGGUGUGUUUGGGAUCAUUGUCAUGCUGAAAGACCCAGCCACGUUUCAUCUUCAAUGCCCUUGCUGAUGGAAGGAGGUUUUCACUCAAAAUCUCACGAUACAUGGCCCCAUUCAUUCUUUCCUUUACACAGAUCAGUCGUCCUGGUCCCUUUGCAGAAAAACAGCCCCAAAGCAUGAUGUUUCCACCCCCAUGCUUCACAGUAGGUAUGGUGUUCUUUGGAUGCAACUCAGCAUUAUUUGUCCUCCAAACACGACAGUUGAGUUUUUACCAAAAAGUUAUAUUUUGGUUUCAUCUGACCAUAUGACAUUCUCCCAAUCCUCUUCUGGAUCAUCCAAAUGCACUCUAGCAAACUUCAGACGGGCCUGGACAUGUACUGGCUUAAGCAGGGGGAAACAUCUUGCACUGCAGGAUUUGAAUCCCUGGCGGCGUAGUGUGUUACUGAUGGUAGGCUUUGUUACUUUGGUCCCAGCUCUCUGCAGGUCAUUCACUAGGUCCCCCGUGUGGUUCUGGGAUUUUUGCUCACCGUUCUUGUGAUCAUUUUGACCCCACGGGGUGAGAUCUUGCGUGGAGCCCCAGAUCGAGGGAGAUUAUCAGUGGUCUUGUAUGUCUUCCAUUUCCUAAUAAUUGCUCCCACAGUUGAUUUCUUCAAACCAAGCUGCUUACCUAUUGCAGAUUCAGUCUUCCCAGCCUGGUGCAGGUCUACAAUGUUGUUUCUGGUGUCCUUUGACAGCUCUUUGGUCUUGGCCAUAGUGGAGUUUGGAGUGUGACUGUUUGAGGUUGUGGACAGGUGUCUUUUAUACUGAUAACAAGUUCAAACAGGUGCCAUUAAUACAGGUAACGAGUGGAGGACAGAGGAGCCUCUUAAAGAAGAAGUUACAGGUCUGUGAAAGCCAGAAAUCUUGCUUGUUUGUAGGUGACCAAAUACUUAUUUUCCACCAUAAUUUGCAAAUAAAUUCAUUAAAAACCUACAAUGUGAUUUUCUGGAUUUUUUCUUCUCAAUUUGUCUGUCAUAGUUGACGUGUACCUAUGAUGAAAAUUACAGGCCUCUCUCAUCUUUUUAAGUGGGAGAACUUGCACAAUUGGUGGCUGACUAAAUACUUUUUUUCCCCACUGUAUACACUAAGUAUACAGAACAUUAAGAACAUGACAUAGGCUGACCAGGCGAAUCCAGGUGAAAGCUAUGAUCCCUUAUUGAGGUCACCUGUUAAAUCCACUUAAAUCAGUGUAGAUGAAGGGGAGGAGACAGAUUAAAGAAGGAUUUAUGGUAUGUGUCAAGAACUACAACGCCGCUGGGUUCUUCACGCUCAACAGUUUCCCAAGUAUUUGUUUAAAAUCUAUCAUUUCAGAGAGACAAAUAAUCAUGUGUUUUUGCUAAAUGCUAUAUGUCCGUCUCACUCUCAGAUAAAUAAGUAGUACUGCUAGGUUUUACACAGUCAAAUGUAAGAGUGUAUAAAUAGUCUGAGGGUUAACUGACAGAUCUACAUCAAACAUUAUUCUGGAGAAACACACACACACACACACACACUGUGUCACACACACUGACAGGGACUAACAUGCUAUGGAGCUGCUGCAGUGACUCAGUCACCUUGGGAGGAGAUGUAGACAGGACAUACACACCGUAGAAGUGACACGGUGUCAGCUACACUGGACAACAAGUGUCACUGAGUCACUCCACUGCCGCUGACACACACACACACACACUCACACACACACACACACACACAAUUCAAAUCAAAUCAAAUGUUAUUUGCCACAUGCGCCGAAUACAACAGGUGUAGACAUUACAGUGAAAUGCUUACUUACAAGCCCUUAACCAACAAUGCAUUUUUUUUAUUUUUAUAAAAAAGUAAAAUAAAAUAAGUGUUAAGUAAAAAAAUGUAAGCAAAUAACUAAAGAGCAGCAGUAAAAUAAAAUAACAGUAGGGAGGCUAUAUACAGGGGGGUACCGGUGCAGAGUCAAGGUGCGGGGGCACCGGCAAGUCGAGGUAAUUGAGGUAAUAUGUACAUGUGGGUAGAGUUAAAGUGACUAUGCAUAAAUAAUAAAUAGAGUAGCAGCAGCGUAAAAGAGGGGGAUGGGGUGGGGGUUGGGGGGCAGUGCAAAUAGUCUGGGUAGCCAUGAUUAGCUGUUCAGGAGUCUUAUGGCUUGGGGGUAUAAGCUGUUGAGAAGCCUUUUGGACCUAGACUUGGCACUCCGGAACCGCUUGCCGUGCGGUAGCAGAGAGAACAGUCUAUGACUAGGGUGGCUGGAGUCUUUGACAAUUUUGAGGGCCUUCCUCUGACACCGCCUGGUAUAGAGGUCCUGGAUGGCAGGAAGCUUGGCCCCAGUGAUGUUCUGGGCUGUACGCACUACCCUCUGUAGUGCCUUGCGGUCGGAGGCCGAGCAGUUGCCAUACGAGGUGGUGAUGCAACCAGUUAGGAUGCUCUCGAUGGUGCAGCUGUAGAACUUUUUGAGGAUCUGAGGACCCAUGCCAAAUCUUUUCAGUCUCCUGAGGGGGAAUAGGCUUUGUCGUGCCCUCUUCACGACAGUCUUGGUGUGUUUGGACCAUGAUAGUUCGUUGGUGAUAUGGACACCAAGGAACUUGAAGCUCUCAACCUGUUCCACUACAGCCCUGUUGAUGAGAAUGGGGGCGUGCUCAGUCCUCUUUUUUUUUCCUGUAGUCCACAAUCAUCUCCUUUGUCUUGAUCACGUUGAGGGAGAGGAUGUUAUCCUGGCACCACACGGCCAGGUCUCUGACCUCCUCCCUAUAGGCUGUCUCAUCGUUGUCGGUGAUCAGGCCUACCACUGUUGUGUCGUCGGCAAACUUAAUGAUGGUGUUGGAGUCGUGCCUGGCCAUGCAGUCAUGGGUGAACAGGGAGUACAGGAGGGGACUGAGCACACACCCCUGAGGGGCCCCCGUGUUGAGGAUCAGCGUGGCAGAUGUGUUGUUACCUACCCUGACCACCUGGGGCGGCCUGUCAGGAAGCCCAGGAUCCAGUUGCAGAGGGAGGUGUUUAGUCCCAGGAUCCACAGUGUGGACACGCACGUGUGUGUGUGCUUGUGUGUCCUGUCUCCAUUUUCUGCCUGCCCUGAGGGAGACUCUGCAUGUCAGGACCCACACACGUGUACCCCAAUACAGAAUUAAGGGGGUGUGUUACGUCAAGCACCCCUCGCCAGCCCCCUUGGCUACCCACUUCUUUAAGUAUUCAUUGGAACACUGAGGGGCUGUGUCUGAAAUUGAGAAUAGGAUGCCAUUUCAGACACAGCCAAGGACCUGAAGGGGAGAAGGUCGUUGGCGGAUCUCACUGCUGUACCACAAGGGACUGAAACGUGAAGAAGUGUGUGUAUUGUGAAGUGUGUAUAGCACAGGCGGCUGGUGGCACCUUAAUUGGGGAGGACGGGCGUCAUAGUAAUGGCUGGAAUGGAAUGAAUGGUAUCAACGCAUCAAACAAGUGGUUUCCGUGUGUUUGAUACCAUUCCAUUCUAGCCAUUAUUAUGAGCCGUCAUCCCCUCAGCAGACUCCUGUGGUGUAUGGUGUCUAAGUGUCUAUAUUAUGAAGUGUGUAUGUUAUGAAGUGUGUAUCCUAUGAAGUGUGUAUGUUAUGAAGUGUGUAUGUUAUGAAGUGUGUAUACUAUGAAGUGUGUCUACUAUGAAGUGUGUAUGUUAUGAAGUGUGUCUACUAUGAAGUGUGUAUGUUAUGAAGUGUGUAUGCUAUGAAGUGUGUCUACUAUGAAGUGUGUCUACUAUGAAGUGUGUCUACUAUGAAGUGUGUAUGUUAUGAAGUGUGUCUACUAUGAAGUGUGUAUGUUAUGAAGUGUGUAUGCUAUGAAGUGUGUCUACUAUGAAGUGUGUCUACUAUGAAGUGUGUAUGUUAUGAAGUGUGUAUCCUAUGAAGUGUGUAUGUUAUGAAGUGUGUAUGUUAUGAAGUGUGUAUACUAUGAAGUGUGUCUACUAUGAAGUGUGUCUACUAUGAAGUGUGUAUGUUAUGAAGUGUGUCUACUAUGAAGUGUGUAUGUUAUGAAGUGUGUAUGCUAUGAAGUGUGUCUACUAUGAAGUGUGUCUACUAUGAAGUGUGUCUACUAUGAAGUGUGUAUACUAUGAAGUGUGUAUGUUAUGAAGUGUGUAUACUAUGAAGUGUGUAUACUAUGAAGUGUGUCUACUAUGAAGUGUGUAUGUUAUGAAGUGUGUAUACUAUGAAGUGUGUCUACUAUGAAGUGUGUAUGUUAUGAAGUGUGUCUACUUUGAAGUGUGUCUACUAUGAAGUGUAUACUAUGAAGUAUGUCUACUAUGAAGUGUGUCUACUAUGAAGUGUGUAUGUUAUGAAGUGUGUCUACUAUGAAGUGUGUCUACUAUGAAGUGUGUAUGUUAUGAAGUGUGUAUACUAUGAAGUGUGUAUACUAUGAAGUAUGUAUGUUAUGAAGUGUGUAUGUUAUGAAGUGUGUAUACUAUGAAGUGUGUAUACUAUGAAGUGUGUCUACUAUGAAGUGUGUAUGUUAUGAAGUGUGUCUACUUUGAAGUGUGUCUACUAUGAAGUGUAUACUAUGAAGUAUGUCUACUAUGAAGUGUGUCUACUAUGAAGUGUGUAUGUUAUGAAGUGUGUAUGUUAUGAAGUGUGUAUACUAUGAAGUGUGUAUACUAUGAAGUGUGUAUACUAUGAAGUGUGUAUGUUAUGAAGUAUGUAUGUUAUGAAGUGUGUCUACUAUGAAGUGUCUCUACUAUGAAGUGUGUCUACUAUGAAGUGUGUAUACUAUGAAGUGUGUAUGUAAUGAAGUGUGUAUACUAUGAAGAAGUGUGUAUACUAUGAAGUGUGUAUGUUAUGAAGUGUGUAUCCUAUGAAGUGUGUAUGUUAUGAAGUGUGUAUUUUAUGAAGAGUGUCUACUAUGAAGUGUGUAUACUAUGAAGUGUGUAUACUAUGAAGUGUGUAUGUUAUGAAGUGUGUAUGUUAUGAAGUGUGUAUAUAUGUACACUAAGUAUACAGAACAUUAAGAACAUGACAUAGGCUGACCAGGCGAAUCCAGGUGAAAGCUAUGAUUCCUUAUUGAGAUCUCCUGUUAAAUCCACUUCAAUCAGUGUAGAUGAAGGGGAGGAGACAGGUUAAAGAAGGAUUUAUGGUAUGUGUCAAGAACUGCAACGCCGCUGAGUUUUUCACGCUCAACAGUUUCCCAUGUAUUUGUUUAAAAUCUAUCAUUUCAGAGAGACAAAUAAUCAUGUGUUUUUGCUAAAUACUAUAUGUCCGUCUCACUCUCAGAUAAAUAAGUAGUACUGCUAGGUUUUACACAGUGACAUCAAUAUUUGAAAAAUGUUAAAAAUAAGAAAAUAAAAAUUAAAUACAAUAAUAUGAGAUCUGUAUGUAAAACAUCUACAUUUGACAUUUUAAUAAUUUAGCAGAUGCUCUUAUCCAGAGCGACUUACAGUAAGUGCAUUCAUCUUAAGACAGCUAGGUGAGACAACCACGUAUCACAGUCAAAUACAUAUACAGGAUACAAACAUUCCAAUUCAGCUAAACAGUGGAUAUAUAAAACAUUUUCAUUCACCUAAAAGCAUAGGAAUCUAAAAUCUAUUAAUGUAAAACCUGAAAACAGUAAUAUUUUACACACACAUAAAAGUACCCAUAAGCAAUCAUUUCUGACGAAAAAGCACAACGUGAAAAACUGAAGUGUCUACAGCAAGUGUGUAUUUUGAAGUGUGUAUAAUGUCUAAGUGUGUAUAUUAUUCAAGGUGGCACAGUGUGAUGACUAAUGACGUCUCAAGUAGCCCUCUGGUACAUAAGAGACGGGGAAAAAAUGACUGAAAUAAUUACACAUACAGACAUGAGUGCACACACACCGACACACACAGUCAUGUGCAUACACACACACACACGGCAUCCAUCCCCACACCCUUGCCUUCUAUCACUCACAACCAGUAAUUUGUUGUUCCCAAGUAGAUCGCAGAAUUGGUGUCCUAUGUAGGCUCAUAGGGCUCUGGUCAAAAGUAGUGCACUACAUAGGGAAUAGGGUGCCAUUUGGGAUCCACCCCCAGUAUAGCCUGAACCACUGCAGUAGAACAUCCUCAUCUCGCCUUCAACCCUCUUAUUGCAUUUGAUGUGAGCAAUGUUCAUGUCCUCACAGAGAGACAGAGACGUUGUUCUGCCCCAGCGUUGUGUGUGUGUGCGCACAUUAUAAUGUUGCAGUCAUUAUUUAGUUUUAAGCCUUUCCCAAACAAUAGUCCUAACCUUAAUCACUCAGAAUUCAUGCCUAAACUGUUAACCUUUGAGUUGUUUCUGUUUUAACCCUGUAGCCGCAUGGAAUUAACCCUGUAAACACAUGGAUUUAAUGCAGCAAAAAUAGACAUUAAUCCAUAAUAUGUCGAAUUUCAAGGGAACUAUGAGAUCUUGUUGCUAUCUGUCAACUCCAGCUCACUAAUUAAUAACAGGGUAGCUGGGUUUGGUUUCCCAGCCGUUGUGUGCGUGUGUGUGUGUGUGUGUGCGUGUGUGUCAAACAUCAAGCUGGUUCUUUUCCCACUCAGUGGAUAUAAAGCCUAGAGUGAUCUGCUGACAGUGAAGGGGAGGAGAGAAAGGGGGAGCGUCCCAAUAAUCUCUCCUUUCUCCUGAAGUGUGCACUUGUUCACUUCCCUACACUGACUUAAGGCUGGUAUAAAAAAAUAUAUGGUGGGAACUCCCACCAGCCCAUGCCUCCACCAAUCCAAUGCUUUUAGAUUUGUGGGAAGUAGUGGACGCGUGUACACUUCAGGAGGAAGGAGAGAUAGUAUUGGGAUGCACCCCAUGGCCUGGGUCUGUCCUAUCAUGGCACAAACUGUUGGACACACAACAUUAUUACUAACAUCUGGGUCUGACUGGAGGUUAUUGGGUGGAAGAAGAAAAUUUUUAGAUUUUAUAAAGAUUAAAAAAGAAACAUAAUACAACUUCAUAUCUUAUCCAUAUGUUGUUACAUGUGUACAUGGCACCCGUAUUGGUUUAUAUAAAUGGAUUCAAUACUCAUCUACUUACAGGGAAAGGUAAGAACUGCAUAAGGCUGUUGAAUUCACAUAAUGCUUUAUAUACUGCAGAGCAGGGGUAUUCAACUCCUACCCUACGUGGACCGGAGCCUGCUGGUUUUCUAUUCUACCUGAUAAUUAAUUCACACACCUGGUGUCCCAGGUCGAAAUCAGUCCCGAUUAGAGGGUAAAAAUGAAAAGAAAUGCAGUGGAACUGGCUUCGAGGUCCAGAGUUGAGUUUGAGGGCUGUAGAGUCUAGCCAUACCAAUACAAUACCAUACGUGUCUUAAAUGUGGCCUAUGGCGAACCCCAGCGGAUGAAUGAGGAAUAACAAGGUGUAAUCUACCCAUUACGCACGUCUCCAAAUGCGCAAUGUGCGCAGUGCACUAGUCUUGGUACGGUAUCUGCUGCAUACCUACUUCUGGUCUUUUCUCAUUUGGUAAAAGAAAAAGACCGUCCUCCACCUUCUUUUCCCCGUCCGCUCUCCUCCGUGACCCGGAAAUCGUUAAGUGGUCGAGGAGAUGUAAUUUCGUUACUUUGCGAACUGAAGCGUGUCUUUCCUCCGUCCUCUCUCCUCCGUGACCCGGAAACCGUUAAGUGGUCAAGAGAUGUCAAUUAGUUAGUAGGCGACCGGAAGCGUGUCCUCCCCUCCUCGAUAGCCACCUUUCUUUACACCUUUAUUUUGGGAUCCACCCCUGUAAACGUAAAUUGCCUGAUGACGCACGAGUCGAGGAGGAGUCUCAUUUCAUAAAGCGCAUUUUCGUCGACUUUCCCUCUUCUUGUGGCCUAUCCUCGAUUACCUUUGACCUUUUUCAAAAGAAGGCGAGAGAAGACGGAAGAGAGACGACGAAGGAGUUGACCAAUUGAGAAAAGGCCUCAGAAUUCGGACGCGACUUUUCCCAUCUCCCUGCAGUACUAUGCAUAAUUAACCUCAGACGAGUUGGACACAUUUCUAAAGAAAUGCAUGCAUUAUUCAAAUUUUGAUGUCCACAAUUACUUGUGUUGUGUUACCUAAUUUCUCAAAAUCAACAACUGGACAACCUAAACAUUUCCAUAUUGCAACAAUUUGUUGUAGGAGACAAACGAGGUCCUGAAAGACAUGAUACUGUAUUGAAUUUGUUUCUCCAUUAUCGGCAACAGCCCAGUGUAGUCUACAUAUAUAUUUUGAAUUAGAAGAGGAAAACAGUAAUAAUUUAUAUCUUUAUUAAAAUAAUUAUUAUAUAUAUUGCUACAAUAGCCAACCACCUACAGUUAAAAGUACAGGCAUAAUCAUAAGUAUAGGACAUGGCAGACUUGACUGAUAUUUUACUAGAAGGCUACUAAAGAAAGAGAACGAGGGGGGAGACAAAAAUUGUUUGAGCGGACCUUUGGGGGAACAGUCCGUCCGUGGGGGGAAUACUGAAUCACUCCAGGAUGCUUUUGCAUUAGUCUUUGCGCUAUCAUACCACGGUGCAUUCCAGAAAAGGGAAUUCACCGUAUGUUACUGAAAGAGAGACGUUCUCACGAAGGGCAUAUUUUACAGUUGUCUGCAUCCCUAAAUCCCGUGGAUUUUUAACUGAACAAGAAAGGACGCACAUCAAGUUAUCAUCGUAAAAGGAAAAGAGGGAAUAUAAAAGGUAAGUAGCCUAAUUUAAUUAUGUGGGGGGCGCCUUUGAACAGCUCGUUCGAAAUCACCUGAAGUGCCAGACCUAUCAUUUAGAAAGAGAAGUUGUGGGGAAUUGGUAAUUUGGCUACUCGGAACUAAAUCAGUCGGAACUGCCACGCGAAUCAUCAUCGGGGGUGUAGUAAUGAUAUUGCUCUCUUUUUUUCUUCUUCGUUUUCAAGAUCCGUUCUUUUCCCUAUCUUCAUGCCCCGAGAGUUCAAGUUGUGUUGGCGGUAAUUGUUUUGGUGUAAACAGCGUUUCCGGUCACUUAGCCUACCUUUCGGCUAUCUAACUUUAGCAACAGGCCACCAUAAUCAUCUGUGAGUCAUAUCAAAUAAUUGAUGUUGGUUGUUUUUUGCUAUUGUCAUAAUUUGAGAACAUUCCGGAACUGGCUGUCUGACGGCACACACAGGUGUGCAGCUCCAGACCUGUGUCCGCUGAAUGCUUCUUAUAGAUGAAGUAUAAAAAUAUUUCAGAAGGUAGGAAUGAUAUUAAACAACAACCUAAUUAGCUGUAAAUAAAUUACCAAAUUAAAGCAAUCUGUUGCAGGGUUGGUAACCAAAUAAAGCAAGACAGAUAAUAACAAAUAAAAAUAAAGAUUAGAACAAAUCACUCCCAGGCAAACUUUAUUACGUUGAAUACAAACAAUAAUUUUGGAUGCCCUCUGCUCAGUGACAGUCAGUUAGUCUGGCUAUUGUCUGCCUCCUUAUUGGCAUCCUAAUGUGCACUACAUUGCCAUCCCAAAUGGCACCAUAUUCCCUCUAUAGUGCACUACUUUCGACCAGAGCCCUAUGGGUGGGUCCUGGUCAAAAGUAGUGCACAAUGUAGGGAAUAGGGUGCCAUUUCAGACUGCCUAUUAGCUCUGUUCACAGGGUACAUCAGAGUGUAAUCUCACAUGAUUGAAUUGUUACAUAAGUUUAGCAGAGUGCCUGCCAUCCUCCUCUCCAGCAUCCUGCCUGUCUUGCGUAGGAGGGCCUUCUUCCACUGUUCUAUCGUUGCUAUACAAAUCCAUGUACAUUUGAUGUGCUUGAAAAGGUUCUACUCUGCUCUGCAUCACGGUGUGAAACAUCACUCUGCUGGCCAAAAAGUCAUUUUGAAAUCUAUAGUUAAUGUACUAUAAUUUAUCCAUAUUGGACAUUUGUCACAUGGUGUCUAUGUCAUAUGGAGAAUGAAUGUGACGGUUGAUGUUCUGUUAAUUUAGGGGGAGGCAUGUCAUCCCCAGAGUCCCCAUGUCACUCUGUGUGUGUGUGUGUGUGUGUGUGUGUGUGUGUGUGUGUGUGUGUGUGUGUGUGUGUGUGUGUGUGUGUGUGUGUGUGUGUGUGUGUGUGUGCUGGCGGAAGAAGGGGUUUCAUCCCAGCCUGUUUUGUGGGGGAGGAGUGUGAGUGUGGUAGCAGAGUGAAAAGGCAUGACGUUGAUCACACACCCGGUAAUGUGGUAAUGUGCAGUCUGCUGUUUUUCUACAAGUGGUGCCUCACACAUGGUAUGCAACCCCACUGUCACAUACUGAUGAUGUCAUCAUAGCCAUGGCUGCUGUCACACCCACCACUGUAGAUUGAGAGCCAAUUGCUAUUGUAAGAUUGUUAGUAGCCUCUGCCGAGUCCCCAACAAAGAGGACAGAGAUAUGAGCGUCCAAUUGUUGCCAAACUUGCUUUCUUUAAGGAUAAAGUAAUGGUUAAAAGCCUAGGUAAAGGACUUGCUGGCACGAAAAUAGGCAUGAAUGAUCAGUUCCCGAGGGAGAUUGCAGAAUGGCGCAAAGUUCUGUACCCAAUCUUCAAGGAAAACAGAUUAAAAGGGAAGCGUAUUGAUAGCCAAAUGUUCCGUGACACAAAGACUACUCCAUGGCUAUUCUGGAAGUUCUAAUAGAGGAGUCGAAUAAUGGAACACCCAAUACUAGCCAUGGUAGGGAUUGUAAUAAUAAAACACUUUUAUAGUAUUUUAUAAAGGGAUAAGACGGUAUUACAAGAAAGGAUAACAAGCGAAAUAAUACAUCUUCAAAUAUAACUAAUUAGAACACAAGUACUCAAUCAACAUAGUGGAGAUGAAAACAUAGCAAACAGAAGACAUAGAAGGCACAGUAUGUGGGUAUGUGUGGAUGUAUUGUGAUGGAAGGUGUGGUGUGCGUUUUUGUGUUUGGAAAAGUGUGGCGUUAAGUGAGUGAGAAAGGAAAUGGUUGGAUAUCCCAGAACCAACGUGUGUCUGUGAGCAGGGGUUGUGAGAGAGAGCUUUCAAUUUUGUGCAGAUGAGGGUUAGUAUAAUCUAUAUCUAAUCUAUUUUUUUAUUGGCCUAUCAUGAUGGAACGGUCCCCAACCCUAUAUCCUAGACACCACCUGAGCGACCCAUACACCAAAGAGAAGUCCCCAUCUGUUUUAUGGCCCUGCUGUAAGUUGCCUAUAUGCAGCCAAAACAGAAAGAUAAAUGCGGUCAGAGACUUACUAGAGCAGCACCGCCCCCUCAAGAUUCCGAGCCUGCCUGGCAGGGUUGGUCCUACAAAGCCAGAGCCCCUUGAUGGGAGAGCAUAAUAUACAAGGAAAUUCUCAAAGCUGCUAAUGAGAACCUUGACGACCUUGUACCUAGCCGGUGGGGAUUCCGGUGGGGUACCCCACCCAGGUAGUGGCAGUGCUGGCAACACUGGCUGCAGUAACCCAUGGGGAGGGGGUCACAUUCGGACAAUCAGAGAGGGGGCAUAUUAUUGUGGCCCUGGUGGCACAAAAUAAUCAAAGGUCUGACCGCACUGAGAUGCUUGGGGAAAAUGGUUACAACAGGGGACCAGAGUGUUUGUGUCUCAGGGGAAGAGGGUGGAUCUGAUCUCCAUCACCUAGGACUUGACAUAGGUUAAUAAAAUCUCAAUUUUUGCGCAAUCUUGCAUGCUUUCUCAAACAGCUGUAACUGUAUAUGCAUUCGUAAAUCAGGUCCUUUCUUGAGUUGGGCUCUGGGAUGUAACAACCGUUGAGCAUCUGAGCUUAUGGUUGAUUGUGGAGGAAAGGGGUUGAGUGUGUUAGAGUGUGUGUGUGUGUGUGUGUGUAUCCCACAUCUGUUGCAAGGGGGUAAGGAUGUUAGGGAGAAUAUAGGAUGAACCACAAUAAUUGUUUGCUAAAAUAAUAAUUGCUUGAACAUUUUUUAAUGUAUUACAAUGGCAAUCCGGGUUAUAGGUAACAAUCCUUUGCAUGAACUGCCAACAUUAUUACGCAUAUUAAUAGCUAAUUAUGUUAAUUAAGAUAUGCAAGAUAUUUGAAUAGAUAUAUAUUUUUAAUAGCUAUAGAUACAUUGAGGUGAGAGCAUUGGAAAUGCUUUUGGCGGUUGACCUGCUUCUGUUUUGUGAGUGGCACUGUGUGCUGUUUUCGAAGAGUGGGUCCUGGCCUCUCGGGGGGCCUAGGGUCCGGGGGGACGGGGGUGGUAUGCCGAUCACUGGGAUGACAACCCAACUUGGGAUGGGGAGGGGCUUUAGCGGGGGGAAUAGUGGAGAACAAUUGGAGGGUUACUUGGUAGCAAUGCAAAUAUCAUGGUACACCUAUAUGGACACUCAAUCACUAUGGUAUUUGUUGUUGGUAAUUUUACAAACAAAUAUUAUGAUGAAUAGAUUUGAAACGUGUAUCUCAUUAUGGUAUGUGGUGAAAUAAGUAUAGCCAGUUAUAAUUGUAAUGGCUUAGCAGAUGAUAACAAAAGAAGAACAAUAUUUACAUGGCUCAAAGAGAAGGAACGUAAUAUCUAUUGUUUUACAGGAAACUCAUUCAACAAUUCUAGAUGAAGUUUUGUGGAGAAAAGACUGGGGGGGGGGGGGGGUGAAAUAUACUUCUCCCAUGGGCAAAGAAACUCAAAAGGGGUGAUGAUAUUAAUUAACAGUAAUUUUGAUCCAAAUGUGCAAAUUGUCCAAAUAGAUACGCAAGGUAGAUGGAUUAUUUUAAAUAUGUUAUUGGACCAUAAACAGAUAUGGCUCAUUAACCUUUACGGACCAAAUAAUGAUGAUCCACACUUCUUUGACAAUAUAAUAUAUAUAUAUAUAUAUAUAUAUAUAUAAUAUACAGUGGGGAAAAAAGUAUUUUAGUCAGCCACAAUUGUGCAAGUUCUCCCACUUAAAAAGAUGAGAGAGGCCUGUAAUUUUCAUCAUAGGUACACGUCAACUAUGACAGGCAAAUUGAGAUUUUUUUUCUCCAGAAAAUCACAUUGUAGGAUUUUUAUGAAUUUAUUUGCAAAUUAUGGUGGAAAAUAAGUAUUUGGUCACCUACAAACAAGCAAGAUUUCUGGCUCUCACAGACCUGUAACUUCUUAUUUAAGAGGCUCCUCUGUCCUCCAUCGUUACCUGUAUUAAUGGCACCUGUUUGAACCUGUUAUCAGUAUAAAAGACACCUGUCCAAAACCUCAAACAGUCACACUCCAAACUCCACUAUGGCCAAGACCAAAGAGCUGUCAAAGGACACCAGAAACAAAAUUGUAGACCUGCACCAGGCUGGAAAGACUGAAUCUGCAAUAUGUAAGCAGCUUGGUUUGAAGAAAUCAACUGUGGGAGCAAUUAUUAGGAAAUGGAAGACAUACAAGACCACUGAUAAUCUCCCUCGAUCUGGGGCUCCACGCAAGAUCUCACCCCGUGGGGUCAAAAUGAUCACAAGAACGGUGAGCAAAAAUACCAGAACCACACGGGGGGACCUAGUGAAUGACCUGCAGAGAGCUGGGACCAAAGUAACAAAGCCUACCAUCAGUAACACACUACGCCGCCAGGGACUCAAAUCCUGCAGUGCGAGACGUGUCCCCCUGCUUAAGCCAGUACAUGUCCAGGCCCGUCUGAAGUUUGCUAGAGUGCAUUUGGAUGAUCCAGAAGAGGAUUGGGAGAAUGUCAUGUGGUCAGAUGAAACCAAAAUAGAACUUUUUGGUAAAAACUAAACUCGUCGUGUUUGGAGGACAAAGAAUGCUGAGUUGCAUCCAAAGAACACCAUAUCUACUGUGAAGCAUGGGGGUGGAAACAUCAUGCUUUGGGGCUGUUUUUCUGCAAAGCGACCAGGACGACUGAUCCGUGUAAAGGAAAUAAUGAAUGGGGCCAUGUAUCGUGAGAUUUUGAGUGAAAACCUCCUUCCAUCAGCAAGGGCAUUGAAGAUGAAACGUGGCUGGGUCUUUCAGCAUGACAAUGAUCCCAAACACACCGCCCGGGCAACGAAGGAGUGGCUUUGUAAGAAGCAUUUCAAGGUCCUGGAGUGGCCUAGCCAGUCUCCAGAUCUCAACCCCAUAGAAAAUCUUUGGAGGGAGUUGAAAGUCCGUGUUGCCCAGCGACAGCACCAAAACAUCACUGCUCUAGAGGAGAUCUGCAUGGAGGAAUGGGCCAAAAUACCAGCAACAGUGUGUGAAAACCUUGUGAAGACUUACAGAAAACGUUUGACCUGUGUCAUUGCCAACAAAGGGUAUAUAACAAAGUAUUGAGAAACUUUUGUUAUUGACCAAAUACUUAUUUUCCACCAUAUUUGCAAAUAAAUUCAUAAAAAAUCCUACAAUGUGAUUUUCUGGAUUUUUUUUCCCUCAUUUUGUCUGUCAUAGUUGACAUGUACCUAUGAUGAAAUUACAGGCCUCUCUCAUCUUUUUAAGUGGGAGAACUUGUACAAUUGGUGGCUGACUAAAUACAUUUUUUCCCCACUGUUAUAUAUAUAUAUAUAUAUAUAUAUAUAUAUAUAUAUAAUAAAUUAUCAACCUUGCAAGCAAUUCAAGACUCUAUUAUUAUGGUGGGAGAUUAUAAUACUGUUUUAAAUAGCUCAAUGGACCGUAAAGGAAAUCACAUAACAAACUAUCACCCUCAUGCUCUUAAGGAAAUCAUGAAUGUCAUGGAUACAUUAGAACUAGUAGAUAUAUGGAGGCUUAAAUAUCCUGACCUAGUGAGAUAUACAUGGCGGAGACUCAAUCAAGUUAGUCGUCUUGACUUCUUUCUUAUGUCAUUCUCGUUGGCACCAAAAGUUUAAAAAGUGUUGAUAGGAGACAGAAUGCAGUCGGACCAUCAUAUAAUUGGCAUAUACAUUAUUCUUACUGAAUUUCCAUGUGGGUGAGGAUAUUGGACAUUUAAUCAAAGCCUAUUGGAUGAUAACUUGUUUUUAACUAGGACAGAGGAAUUUAUAACAGUUUUUUUCUGACAUAACAGAGGUACAGCAAAUCCCCUUAUUGUAUGGGACACUUUUAAAUGUGCCUUUAGAGGCCAUGCAAUUCAGUACUCAUCUAAAAAACAAAAGCAAUUCAGGUCAAAAGAGUCCAGACUAACAAAGGAAAUAGAAGGUCUAACAGAACAGAUAGAUAGCAAUAAAAACUGUAACAUAGAAGCUCAGAAUAAAUUAGAGGAAAAACUAAAAUAAAUGGAAAAACUUAUUCAAGAAAGAUCAAGUGUAAUAUAUUCUAAAAAUAAAGCAAACUGGAUGGAAUAUGGGGGAAAAUGCACCAAAUUAUUUUUUUAUCUUCAACAUAGAAAUGCUACCAAAAAUAAUUUACUGAAACUGGUUACAAAUGAAGGAGUCACCCAUGAUUCACCAAAUUAUAUUUUGAAGGAGGAAGCAAAGUACUUUAAGCAUAUGUUUUUGUUUCAUUCGCCUCAAUCUCCUCUAACUGAAGCUAAUUGUAGAGAUUUUUCUCUAUUGAUAAUGUAAAAUUAACAGCCAUACAGAAAGACUCAUGUGAAGGUGAAAUUACAGAGGAGGAACUUCUGGAUGCAAUUAAAGACUUUAAGUCCGGUAAAACUCCAGGGUUGAAUGGCAUACCAAUCGAGGUAUACCAAACCUUUUUUUAUAUACUCAGAGGAUUGUUAUUAGCAUGUUUUAACCACUCCUAUGUAAAUGGUAGAUUAUCAGACACUCAAGAAGAAGGUCUGAUUUCAUUAUUACUGAAACAGGAUACAAGUGGGAAAUAUAAAGAUCCAGUCCAUAAAAAAAAUUGGAGGCCCCUUACACUUCAGUGUUGUGAUGCAAAAAUUCUAGCAAAAUGUAUAGCGCAUAGAAUUAAAAAGGUAUUGUCGGACAUUAUUCAUUAUAAUCAGACAGGUUUUUUACAUGGACGAUACAUUGGAGAUAAUAUAAGGCAAGUACUGGAAACAAUAGAACACUAUGAAAAAUCUGGGAAACGAGGCCUGCUAUUCAUAGCAGACUUUGAAAAGGCAUUUGAUAAAGUACGACUGGAGUUUAUAUAGAAAUGCCUGGAGCAUUUCAAUUUUGGAGAAUCUCUUAUAAAGUGGGUUAAAAUCAUGUAUAGUAACCCUAUUAAAAAAGAGAACACUGGAUGCAUCUAUAAUGAACAACUAUAGACCUAUAUCAAAUCUCCCUUUUAUAGCCAAGAUCAUUGAGAAGGUUGUCUUCAAUCAACUCAGCAAUUUUGUGACCUCAUGCGGUCUCUUAGACAAAUUUGAGUCAGGUUUCCGACCUCACCACAGUACUGAAACAGCCCUGAUUAAAGUUUUAAAUGAUAUACGGCUGAAUACUGAUUCUGAUAAAAUAACAGUUCUGGUUCUAUUAGAUCUCAGUACAGCAUUUGACACUGUCGAUCAUGGAACACUUAUAGAUAGGCUGGAAAAGUGGGUAGGACUCUCCGGGACAGUCCUUGAUUGGUUCAGAUCUUAUCUAGAUGGCCGGAGUUACUUUGUCACCAUUGGUAAUCAUGAAUCUGAUAGGGUGGCUAUGACAUGCGGAGUUCCACAGGGAUCAGUUCUCGGACCGAUUCUGUUUAAUCUCUAUAUGCUACCUCUGGGCCAAAUUUUACAGAACAACAACAUUAACUACCACAGCUAUGCUGAUGAUACUCAACUAUAUACAGUGGGGAAAAAAAGUAUUUAGUCAGCCACCAAUUGUGCAAGUUCUCCCACUUAAAAAGAUGAGAGGCCUGUAAUUUUCAAAAUUUUCUUAAAAAAUCCAGAAAAUCACAUUGUAGGAUUUUUAAUGAAUUUAUUUGCAAAUUAUGGUGGAAAAUAAGUAUUUGGUCAAUAACAAAAGUUUCUCAAUACUUUGUUAUAUACCCUUUGUUGGCAAUGACACAGGUCAAACGUUUUCUGUAAGUCUUCACAAGGUUUUCACACAUUGUUGCUGGUAUUUUGGCCCAUUCCUCCAUGCAGAUCUCCUCUAGAGCAGUGAUGUUUUGGGGCUGUCGCUGGGCAACACAGACUUUCAACUCCCUCCAAAUAUUUUCUAUGGGGUUGAGAUCUGGAGACUGGCUAGGUCACUCCAGGACCUUGAAAUGCUUCUUACGAAGCCACUCCUUCGUUGCCCGGGCGGUGUGUUUGGGAUCAUUGUCAUGCUGAAAGACCCAGCCACGUUUCAUCUUCAAUGCCCUUGCUGAUGGAAGGAGGUUUUCACUCAAAAUCUCACGAUACAUGGCCCCAUUCAUUCUUUCCUUUACACGGAUCAGUCGUCCUGGUCCCUUUGCAGAAAAACAGCCCCAAAGCAUGAUGUUUCCACCCCCAUGCUUCACAGUAGGUAUGGUGUUCUUUGGAUGCAACUCAGCAUUCUUUGUCCUCCAAACACGACGAGUUGAGUUUUUACCAAAAAGUUAUAUUUUGGUUUCAUCUGACCAUAUGACAUUCUCCCAAUCCUCUUCUGGAUCAUCCAAAUGCACUCUAGCAAACUUCAGACGGGCCUGGACAUGUACUGGCUUAAGCAGGGGGACACGUCUGGCACUGCAGGAUUUGAGUCCCUGGCGGCGUAGUGUGUUACUGAUGGUAGGCUUUGUUACUUUGGUCUCAGCUCUCUGCAGGUCAUUCACUAGGUCCCCCCGUGUGGUUCUGGGAUUUUUGCUCACCGUUCUUGUGAUCCUUUUGACCCCACGGGGUGAGAUCUUGCGUGGAGCCCCAGAUCGAGGGAGAUUAUCAGUGAUCUUGUAUGUCUUCCGUUUCCUAAUAAUUGCUCCCACAGUUGAUUUCUUCAAACCAAGCUGCUUACCUAUUGCAGAUUCAGUCUUCCCAGCCUGGUGCAGGUCUACAAUUUUGUUUCUGGUGUCCUUUGACAGCUCUUUGGUCUUGGCCAUAGUGGAGUUUGGAGUGUGACUGUUUGAGGUUGUGGACAGGUGUCUUUUAUACUGAUAACAAGUUCAAACAGGUGCCAUUAAUACAGGUAACGAGUGGAGGACAGAGGAGCCUCUUAAAGAAGAAGUUACAGGUCUGUGAGAGCCAGAAAUCUUGCUUGUUUGUAGGUGACCAAAUACUUAUUUUCCACCAUAAUUUGCAAAUAAAUUCAUAAAAAAUCCUACAAUGUGAUUCUCUGGAUUUUCUUUUCUCAAUUUGUCUGUCAUAGUUGACAUGUACCUAUGAUGAAAAUUACAGGCCUCUCUCAUCUUUUUAAGUGGGAGAACUUGCACAAUUGGUGGCUGACUAAAUACUUUUUUCCCCACUGUAUGGCUCUCGAACCGUAUGACAACAGCUCAAUAGACUCUCUGUGUCACUGUAUAGAGCACAUAAAUACCUGGAUGAACCAAAAUUGUCUACAAUGAAACCAAGAUAAAACUGAGAUGAUUGUGUUUGGCAACAAAAAUAAAAGAACAAGUAUUAGUAAAGAGCUGGAUUCUCGGGUCCUUAAAACCAGCGAUCAAGUGCGUAAUCUUGGUGUUCUGAUAGACUCAGACCUCACAUUUAACAGUCAUACAGUGAGGGGAAAAAAGUAUUUGAUCCCCUGUUGAUUUUGUACGUUUGCCCACUGACAAAGAAAUUAUCAGUCUAUAAUUUUAAUGGUAGGUUUAUUUGCUCCUGUAAGUCGCUCUGGAUAAGAGCGUCUGCUAAAUGACCCCAAAAAAAAAAAAAUAAAAAAAAUUAAUAAUAAUUUGAACAGUGAGAGACAGAAAAACAACAAAAAAAUCCAGAAAAACGCAUGUCAAAAAUGUUAUAAAUUGAUUUGCAUUUUAAUGAGGGUAAUAAGUAUUUGACCCCUCUGCAAAACAUGACUUAGUACUUGGUGGCAAAAUCCUUGUUGGCAAUCACAGAGUUCAGAUGUUUCUUGUAGUUGGCCACCAGGUUUGCACACAUCUCAGGAGGGAUUUUGUCCCACUCCUCUUUGCAGAUCUUCUCCACGUCAUUAAGGUUUCGAGGCUGACGUUUGGCAACUCAAACCUUCCCUUCACAGGUCCCUUCACAGAUUUUCUAUGGGAUUAAGGUCUGGAGACUGGCUUGGCCACUCCAGGACCUUAAUGUGCUACUCCUUUGUUGCCUUGGCCGUGUGUUUUGGGUCAUUGUCAUGCUGGAAUACCCAUCCACUACCCAUUUUCAAUGCCCUGGCUGAGGGAAGGAGGUUCUCACCCAAGAUUUACCCUUUGAUGCGGUGAAGUUGUCCUGUCCCCUUAGCAGAAAAACACCCUCAAAGCAUAAUGUUUCCACCUCCAUGUUUGAAGGUGGGGAUGGUGUUCUUGGGGUCAUAGGCAGCAUUCCUCCUCCUCCAAACACGGCGAGUUGAGUUGAUGCCAAAGAGCUCCAUUUUGGUCUCAUCUGACCACAACACUUUCACCCAGUUCUCCUCUGAAUCAUUCAGAUGUUCAUUGGCAAACUUCAGACGGGCCUGUAUAUGUGCUUUCUUGAGCAGGUGGACCUUGCUGGCGCUGCAGGAUUUCAGUCCUUCACAGCGUAGUGUGUUACCAAUUGUUUUCUUGGUGACUAUGGUCCCAGCUGCCUUGAGAUCAUUGACAAGAUCCUCCCGUGUAGUUCUGGGCUGAUUCCUCACCGUUCUCAUGAUCAUUGCAACUCCACGAGGUGAGAUCUUGCAUGGAGCCCCAGGCCGAUGGAGAUUGACAGUUAUUUUGUGUUACUUCCAUUUACGAAUAAUCGCACCAACUGUUGUCACCUUCUCACCAAGCUGCUUUGCGAUGGUCUUGUAGCCUAUUCCAGCCUUGUGUAGGUCUACAGUCUUGUCCCUGACAUCUUUGGAGAGCUCUUUGGUCUUGGCCAUGGUGGAGAGUUUGGAAUCUGAUUGAUUGAUUGCUUCUGUGGACAGGUGUCUUUUAUACAGGUAACAAGCUGAGAUUAGGAGCAUUCCCUUUAAGAGUGUGCUCCUAAUCUCAGCUCGUUACCUGUAUAAAAGACACCUGGGAGCCAGAAAUCUUUCUGAUUGAGAGGAGGUCAAAUACUUAUUUCCCUCAUUAAAAUGCAAAUCAAUUUAUAACAUUUUUGAAAUGCACUUUUCUUGAUUUUUUUGUUGUUAUUCUGUCUCUCACUGUUCAAAUAAACAUACCAUUAAAAUUAUAGACUGAUCAUGUCUUUGUCAGUGGGCAAACGUACAAAAUCAGCAUGGGAUCAAAUACUUUUUUUCCCUCACUGUACCUGGAGCUAACCCUGCAGAUAGCACUACUGGGUGAUCUGAAAAAUGUAUCAAUAAUAUACAAUGAGAAUAGAAGGGUUCAGAACUUUUGUGAAACAUCACAGUACAGUUUAAAAAUAUAUGGCAAAUAGAAAUCCAAUAUGGAUGGUGUUAAGCGAUAGAUGGGAGGUGUUGAAUGGAGCUGAAGGAUGGGAAUAAUAACAACUAACAAAUACUAAUAACAAGAAGAUAACUAAUGUAAAGCAUACAGUGUCCAUAAUAAGUAUAUAGGUUAGAGGUUGAGAGCUUUUGUGAAAGCACACCUGAUGGACAUCAUGAAAAUGAUUGGAGAGGUUGAGGGUAGAGGAAGUUCAGGAGUAAAAACGAACAAAAUGGAAUUAUUGUAAAAUUGACUGUGUCCAUAAAAUGUAUAUAGUAUGUAUAAGCUGGAAGUAGAAGCCUAAGCGUUGUUGUUCACUAGUUCACUCCAAUUAGGGAAGGGGUGGUGGGGUUGGAAAGUAAUAAAAGUAAAUAUAUUUUAUUAAAGGAUAUGUAUAUACAGUUGAAGUCGGAAGUUUACAUACACUUAGUUUGGAGUCAUUAAAACUUGUUUUUCAACCACUCCACAAAUUUCUUGUUAACAAACUAUAGUUUUGGCAAGUCGGUUAGGACAAACAUUGUAGACCUCCUCAAGUCUGGUUCAUCCUUGGGAGCAAUUUCCAAACGCCUGAAGGUACCACGUUCAUCUGUACAAACAAUAGUAUGCAAGUAUAAACACCAUGGGACCACAGAGCCGUCAUACCGCUCAGGAAGGAGACGCAUUCUGUCUCCUUGAGAUGAACAUACUUUAGUGCGAAAAGUGCAAAUCAAUUCCAGAACAACAGCAAAGGACCUUGUGAAGAUGCUGGAGGAAACGGGUACAAAGGUAUCUAUAUCCACAGUAAAACAAGUCCUAUAUCGACAUAACCUGAAAGGCCUCUCAGCAAGGAAGAAGCCACUGCUCCAAAACCGCUAUAAAAAAGCCAGACUACGGUUUGCAACUGCACAUGGGGACAAAGACCGUACUCUUUGGAGAAACGUCCUCUGGUCUGAUGAAACAAAAAUAGAACUGUUUGGCCAUAAUGACUAUCAUUAUUUUUGGAGGAAAAAGGGAGUUGCUUGCAAAUCGAAGAACACCAUCCCAACCGCGAAGCACAGGGGUGGCAGCAUCAUGCUGUGGGGGUGCUUCGCUGCAGGAGGGACUGGUGCACUUCACAAAAUAGAUGGCAUCAUGAGGAAGGAAAAUUAUAUGGAUAUAUUGAAGCAACAUCUCAAGACAUCAGUCAGGAAGUUAAAGCUUGGUCGCAAAUGGGUCUUCCAAAUGGACAAUGACCCCAAGCAUACUUCCAAAGUUGUGGCAAAAUGGCUUAAGGACAACAAAGUCAAGGUAUUGGAGUGGCCAUCACAAAGCCCUGAUCUCAAUCCUAUAGAACAUUUGUGGGCAGAACUGAAAAAGCGUGUGCGAGCAAGGAGGCCUACAAACUUGACUCAGUUACACCAGCUCUGUCAGGAGGAAUGGGCCAAAAUUCACCCAAUUUAUUGUGGGAAGCUUGUGGAAGGCUACCCGAAACGUUUGACCCAAGUUAAACAAUUUAAAGGCAAUGCUACCAAAUACUAAUUGAGUGUAUGUAAACUUCUGACCCACUGGGAAUGUGAUGAAAGAAAUCAAAGCUGAAAUAAAUAAUUAUCUACUAUUAUUCUGACAUUUCACAUUCUUAAAAUCAAGUGGUGAUUCUAACUGACCUAAAACAGGGCAUUUUUACUAGGAUUAAAUGUCAGGAAUUGUGAAAAACUGAGUUUAAAUGUAUUUGGCUAAGGUGUAUGUAAACUUCCGACUUCAACUGUAUAUGUAUGUAUUUAUAUGUAUGUAUAUUUGCGAGAGAAAAAAAACAUAUGGGGGAUUGGAAGUGAUGCAGACAAUUAUAUUGAUGGAAGUUACAAUCUAUCUGCAAUAUUAAAGAUCUAACCCCCCCCCCCAAAAAAAAAAAAAAAAAAAAAAAAAAAAAAACAACAACAAUAAUAAUAAUAAAACUACCAGUAGUUCCGGUUUUUAGGAGAAAUGGAAAGAGAGCCUGUGACACGACUUUAGCUUUUAGACAUUAACAAUGUGACACUGUCUAACUCCCCCUCCACAUUUACUGGAUUGGUUCAACAGUGCAGAAGAGAACCUCCCCCGACAGUUUAUUUUCUUCUCAUCAAGACCAGUAUGUAGGGGAUCUAGUUUCAGACUAGUAUGUAGGGGAUCUAGUUUCAGACCAGUAUGUAGGGGAUCUAGUUUCAGACCAGUAUGUAGGGGAUCUAGUUUCAGACCAGUAUGUAGGGGAUCUAGUUUCAGGCCAGUAUGUAGGGGAUCUAGUUUCAGGCCAGUAUGUAGGGGAUCUAGUUUCAGGCCAGUAUGUAGGGGAUCUAGUUUCAGGACCAGUAUGUAGGGUAUCUAGUUUCAGGCCAGUAUGUAGGGGAUCUAGUUUCAGGCCAGUAUGUAGGGGAUCUAGUUUCAGGCCAGUAUGUAGGGGAUCUAGUUUCAGGCGUUUCUUUUAUACCUGCUACAUUAUGUUAGAUUGUUAUUGGAUUAAGUUUUUUCCAACCUUUAUUUAACCAGAAAGUCCCAUUACCAAGGGAGACUUGGCCAAAAAGGGCAGCUCAAUAAAAAACCACAUUGCUCAUUCAACAAGGUGAAGGAGGUUACAAAACGUUCAUACAUUGACACUGUCUAGGGCAUUUCCAUCUCUAUUCCUCUGUACAUUUAUUUACCAAGUAAUGGAAUCAUAACUGUUUCUGUGAGGGUUGAUACUUUCUUCAUAGUCCCUGGAAAACCAUUUGGAAAAUAUUGGUUUCAGAGCAAUAUGAUAUUCCCUCUCACUCUAGUCAAAAUCAUCUGAUAUUAUUUAAUAGUCCUUAAAAACAACUUUGUUCAACAAGUGCUCUAGAGCCCAUCCCUGUCCAUCACAGUAUUAUUCAUUGACUUAGUCAUAAGAUAGAACAUCCAUUAACUGGCGGUUUAAAAAUCUUUCUACCCAUCACACAGUGACACAUCACUUUAUCAAGAGGCCUGCUGGCUAUUUUCUCCCUCUCUUACCACAAGCACCAGCCAGCCUGGUCUGUUCUAAACACUAAGUAACAGUGAGAGGUGCUUUAUCAAAUCAAUCAAAUGUAUUUAUAGAGACCUUUUUACAACAGCAGUUGUCACAAAGUGCUUUUACAGAAACCCAGCCUAAAACCCCAAAGAGCAAGCAAUGCAGAUGUAGAGGGACGGUGACUAGGAAAAACUUCCUAGAAAGGCAAGAACCUAGGAAGAAACCUAGAGAGGAACCAGGCUCUGAGGAGUGGCCAAUCCUCUUGAUCUCAGUGUGUGUGUGUGUCUAGUAGGGCUGUCCCUGACUGAAAAAAAUAUUGGCCGACCGAAAGUCGUCUUUUCAUUGAGUUAAUAAAGCCACAUACAAACAUGGUCUCUUUUUUGAGUAAAGCAGCUCCAAAAUGCAGGUGUUUCAGCCUAGCUCCGUGCUUUCUGUGGUGGUGGGGCAGCCAGUGGAAAAUACGGAGCGUAGGGGUUGGUAAUGUUCUCUAGCUGUGCCGUGAUUGGCUCAGUGUUCUGUCACUCAUGGGGACACUACAUCACCGCAUAAUCUACGGGGAGAGCUCGAAAAUUCAAGCCACUUGGGGGCUGCCAUAAAUUUACAUUAGAAGUGCCCAUCCAAGAAGGCUCAAGGUCAUUGGCCACAGAUAACCUGAUUGAACAUAAUUUUAUAUCUACCGUAGCUUUGAUUGGACUGAUCAUGUCAUCAUCAUACUUUCAAAAUCUUAGCUAGCAAGCUAGCAGUCAUCAUCAUGAAUCAAGUUGACAAUCUACUGGCAAAUCCUUGUCAAAUGAAGAGAAAUUAUGAAGAGAAAUUAUAGAUCAAACUUAUCGGUUCUCAUCGGCCAUUGGACAUAAACAUUACCCAACAAGUUGGAAAUCGCGAAUUCAGCAAUGAAUAGUUUGGAAGAAAUCAGUGGCUAACUGCAAGCGUUGCAAAACAAUCACUAGCCUGCUAUUCAGUGGAGUGGGUGUGUGGUUAAAGUCUGGGUUAAGGGUCUCUUUUCCAAACUUAAAAGGAUAAACAUUCACAUGCCAUGGGCCAGAAAAGGUUGAAUACAUUGGCCGUGCUGUUAAUCCAGCAUUACUUCUGCCGCGUUCAAACCAACUGGAAACUUGGAGCUGGUAAAUCUCAGACUUCAGUGAGUUCAAUCCAACUUGGAAAAUACUUUUUGAAUGGUCAUCCUACUUGGAAUUCCAAGUUGGGAACUCAGGCCUCUUUCUAGAGCUCCGACCUGAAGAUCACUGAUGUCAUGAUUCGACCUUGUUUUUUUCAGAGUUCCCAGUUGUCUUGAAAGCACCAUAAAUCCAAAUAAUUCCAGACUUUGAUGACACAAUUUGCAGACGAAGAACUGGCGCGCCAUCUUCCUGUUCAAGUGAGCACAGCACAACAAGGUGAGUCCAAAAAAUUUAUUGUAUACUGCUGCAUAAAUGAUGUAAUAUGCCAGGGAGAUAUGCAUACUGUAGCUAAGAAAGUAAUACUAAGUGUAUGUUGUGUAGUAAGCUGAAUGUGCCUCACCCUAAUAAUUUGGUCCCUUUCCCCCUCAUAACUUAGCCUACUGUUCUGACUUGGUGGUGUACUAAUAGCCUAUAGCCUGUUUUAGAGAAAUAUAAUCAUUGAAUAUUGUAAGAGCUUUCAUUGUCUGCUUAUAUGCCCCCUUUAUUUAUCCUAUGGUUCUGACGUGGUGUACAGGGAGAAUACUGUAAGAACGGACCAUAUUCUGAAUUCUGUUGCUGUACAUUUCAAAAGCUCUGAACAAAUAGUUAUAUUGAACACGUCCGUCCUAGCUCGCUCAUUAAUGUCUUAAUCGAAAUUACGGAUUGCCUCUUAUCCUCUUGUCAUCCCCUUAUGCCAUAGUUUGUACAUCUCAAUUGUCAGUAGAAACCACAUUUGUUUAAGCAAGUCAGCCAUAUCAGCUAUGUUUUUUUUAAAGGCAGUAAAUUAGGCUGAAUGAACUGUUUCACUGCCAGACAAGGCUCUGCUGAUAGCCAGGUGUAGCAGUGGUAAGGAUUCACUCCAUGGUGCUGAAAAGUAAUCUCUGCUGUUGGGACAGCUUUAUGUAGGCCCUAACAGUUUGUGGACACCAUUUGUCACUUUUAUAGUGCAACUAAUGUAUUGUUCAGUGUUGUGUUGUGUAGUGGCUUUGCUGGCAUGCACCAAAUUUUUUUUAUUUUUUUGCCCCACCAAGAUUGACAUGCUAAAAUCACGACUGCCUAUGUGUUUUAAUAAAAUCAACUAUAUGCAUUGAGCUUGUCUGAUGCUUUAAGAAAUGACACAAGAGGGAGCCAGAGAUCUAGAUAACCAGAAGAAAAACAAACUUUACCUGACCCAACCAUUCUCCUCCCGCUCCUGCUGGCUUUAGCAGAUUCUGCCAUUACUCUCCUGAAGUUGCCGGUAGUAGGCUACAUGAGGAGUCUGCAACCUUUCACAUGUGGAAUGCCAAUUUAUCUUACCAUUUCUACCGAUCUGUGUGCCAGCUAUGGUUCUUAUAUGCACAUUUUAAUGAAACAAUUUCAUUUAUUUUAUAAAAACAUCUUCAUAUCUAAAAAUCAUUGUCAUGUGGUUAAUCAAAAUUAUAUCCAAAUCUAAAUGAAAAUGAUAUACCUAACAAGUAACUUCUAUUGCCAUUGCCAACUAUGUAAAAAUAGCUUACAUAAAGACAACAAAUAAAAACAUUGCAGCCUGCAGGUAGAAAAUAUCCUGAUAAAAAUAAAUAUCCUAUAAAUCACAUUGGCUACACAUGACCUGUCUGCAACAAACUUGAAACAUUGUAUCAACUUGGGUCCAACCCCAAGCUUGUGCUAGCGAACUUGCAACAUUGUAUAAAAUAUUCUUGUCCCUCAGAGUUUCUGGCCAGUGAGCUCGGGACAGACACAUCUGUAGACUAUUUGUGCAAGGGAUAAGAAGCAGUGCUUGACUUGGGCAGGAGCUCACCGGAACUGAGUACCAGCACCUCAAAUUGUCUACUGCUUGAGCUCCUGUUCCUCUUAUAGAAUAUUAGCUCAAAAGCAUUGUAGAGCUCCUGCACCUAAAUAUAAACAGUACCAGCACCCAAAAUGAGUGCCGGAACCUAUUUCAGUCUAAGUCAAGCACUGAUAAGAAUUGAUCAGAGCAUGACAUUUUUCCCUUUCAUGCUGAGUGGUUAUUGAAAGGGAGAGAGCUGGAAAUAUUUUUCAAAUACAUGUUUUGCUGGUUUCUAGUGUACUAUGGAAUAUAUUGCUUUCUUAUUUUUGACACUUUUUCCUGUCAUAUUUAAAGGUUAGAACUACCUUUUGUCACGCCCUGGCUCUGGGACUCUUAUAUGUUGAGCCAGGUUGUGUAGAUUCUAUGUGUUUGUGUUUCUAUGUUAGGAUCUAGUUCAUGUGUAUCUAUGUUGGCCGGGGUGGUUUUCAAUCAGAGGCAACGAGAAUCAUCUGUUGCUUGUUGUCUCUGAUUGGGAACCAUACUUAGGCAGCCUGUUUGGCACAGUGUAUUGUGGGAUCUUGUUCCGGGUUUGUGUAUGUACCCAAGGACUUCACGUAUCGUUUUGUUGUUUUCGUUCGUGUGGUGAAUAUAAUAAAAGAUGUUCGCAUUCCACGCUGCGCAUUGGUCCACUCCUUUCGACGAUCGUGACACCUUUCUAAGUGUUCUCAUACUUCUAUCUUGGAGUUGUAUUUGUAUGAUAACAUAGGUACAGUAUUUCACUUUUUAAUGUGUAUAGUAUUGCUUACUAGGUGUGUCCAAUCAAUUUUGUAACCACUCCCUCUUCAAAUUAGGGCUAAUUGGAAAAGCUGUUCAAAAGAGGACAUUGUAUUAUUUCUUUGUACUCCCUGACGAAGGCCAUGCAGCCGAAACGCGUCGGAUUUUUUAAAAACCUUGUUUCUAUUGAACAUGCCAUACUAAUAAAGGCAUUUUAAUUAAUUGUAUGAAGAGUGCCUUGGUCCUCCUUUCUUUUUGAUGACCAAUUCACCCCUUUGACCAAAGUGCACCUUCUGUCUACCAACAUUUACUAUUGUGUACCUUAGUAGCGCUUCCCUUCCUCCUCUUUUUACUAGUUAAGCAUAGCACUUGGGUGGUGCUUAGAGGAAGCAGCUUCACAGUCAUUUCUUCUGUGUUUUUGGGGACAUUUAACAACUCUAACUAUGGAUUUAACCCAAGAGGCUACAAGAUAUUCCUAUUCCCAUGAAGAGGGCCAAAGGAUUAUUACCACUACCUCAUUGCUAGAUGAGAUGACAGCCACAGAGAAUACUGGAAUGGACUUAAACAAGGCUUACAGAGACUUGCAACACCUUAUGGAGAAAGACACCAAACUUGACCUCAAUUCUAUCACCUUGUCUGACUAUUGGAGGAAAGGCCUAAUCCCUAGAGGACUCCGUAUUAUGACGUUUCCAGCUACUGGAGCACAAGGUAAAACUGAAUUUAGAGAUAAAUGGGAGGCCAUUCUCAACCAGUGUUCUUUUGACCUAAUGCUACUUCUAAUAGAAUAAUCUAAAAAGGACAGACAAGUAGUCCAAACAGAAAUUGAAGAAGUGAAAAGGAAAAUCACAGAACACAGUGACAAUUCCAACAAAGCACAAUGUGAUGAAAUCUUGAAAGAGAAAGUAGACACAUUCACUCUGACAUUGAAGCAAGACAAGCUAAGAAAAUGAUGAAGAGAUUAAGUAGACUAUAGAGAUGGCAAGGUCUUUGCCUGGAGAAAACCAACGCGCAUGAAUUCAGAAUCACAUCCGCAGAGGAGGAAGUCUAGAUCUGUUCAUUUCAACUUUACAAGCAGUGACGAUGAGGAUCACCCCAGACACUCAGAGGCCAGCUCCUCCCAAUAUUUUUUAGAUAAGGAAGAGGAGUCACGCAGGUACCUCAACAAGAGAGUGAGAGGACGCAGAAGAGGCCAACACGGAGGGGGAGGAAGAAAUCAAGACUAUCCAACCACACGGAGCAGGACCAGAACAAAGCUGUGAUCAACCUUUCUGGAAAACCCCUUUCUGAUGAUUGCGUAAGGGUAUUGUCUAAAGGACUGUCCUUUGCCCCCACAUACUCAACUAAUGAAUUUAAUACAAAGAUUGACCUAUUUCGUUUCUACAGGAAUCUACAUCUGAAGGCCUGGUACAAGCAAAGCAUCUCUCCAACUACAGACGUCAGUGUCUCAGGUCAGGCAGUUUCUGUUCCCUCAAAAACACCUUUUAAGCCCAAAUCCACCUUUUGUCACAUCGUCCAGAAUGCCACACUAAAUACAUUUGCAAGAAGGUGAAUUUUGAUGUGGAGAAUCUGUUUAAGGGUAAAAUUUACUCCAACCAAACACGACGUAACCAUUCUAAGACAGAGAGGGAUGCAGUUGAAUCAUUGUCCAAGAAUGGACGGAUAGUGGUUAAAAAAGCAGACAAAGGUGGCGCUACAGUAGUGUGGAGUAAAGACAUAUGUGACAGAAGCAUACCGUCAAUUAGACAAUGAUGAAUUCUACCAAUCUCUUACCUUCAACCCUACAGAGGACCUAACAACUGAAUUGAAAGGGAUCCUCACAGAAGCUAAGGAGAAUGGCUACAUUUCAGACAAUGAGUUCAAAUUUCUUUUCAAUGGCAGUCCACGUAUGGCUUCUUUUUACCUUCUUCCAAAAGUACACAAAAAUCUUGAAAAUCCCCCAGGCAGGCCAGUCAUUAGUGGUAAUGAAAGUCUGACAGAACCCAUCUCUAAGUACAUUGAUUACUUUAUUAAGCCUUUUCUGACAUCACUCCCAGCCUAUCUUCAAGAUACCACAGAUGUGUUGAACAAAAUGAAGGAAUUGAAUAAUAUACAGUGGGGAAAAAAGUAUUUAGUCAGCCACCAAUUGUGCAAGUUCUCCCACUUAAAAAAGAUUAGAGAGGCCUGUAAUUUUCAUCAUAGGUACAUGUCAACUAUGACAGACAAAAUGAGAAAAGAAAUUCCAGAAAAUCACAUUGUAGGAUUUUUUAUGAAUUUAUUUGCAAAUUAUGGUGGAAAAUAAGUAUUUGGUCAAUAACAAAAGUUUCUCAAUACUUUGUUAUAUACCCCUUGUUGGCAAUGACACAGGUCAAACGUUUUCUGUAAGUCUUCACAAGGUUUUCACACACUGUUGCUGGUAUUUUGGCCCAUUCCUCCAUGCAGAUCUCCUCUAGAGCAGUGAUGUUUUGGGGCUGUCGCUGGGCAACACAGACUUUCAACUCCCUCCAAAGAUUUUCUAUGGGGUUGAGAUCUGGAGACUGGCUAGGCCACUCCAGGACCUUGAAAUGCUUCUUACGAAGCCACUCCUUCGUUGCCCGGGAGGUGUGUUUGGGAUCAUUGUCAUGCUAAAAAGACCCAGCCACGUUUCAUCUUCAAUGCCCUUGCUGAUGGAAGGAGGUUUUCACUCAAAAUCUCACGAUACAUGGCCCCAUUCAUUCUUUCCUUUACACGGAUCAGUCGUCCUGGUCCCUUUGCAGAAAAACAGCCCCAAAGCAUGAAGUUUCCACCCCCAUGCUUCACAGUAGGUAUGGUGUUCUUUGGAUGCAACUCAGCAUUCUUUGUCCUCCAAACAUGAUGAGUUGAGUUUUUACCAAAAAGUUAUAUUUUGGUUUCAUCUGACCAUAUGGCAUUCUCCCAAUCCUCUUCUGGAUCAUCCAAAUGCACUCUAGCAAACUUCAGACGGGCCUGGACAUGUACUGGCUUAAGCAGGGGGACACGUCUGGCAAUGCAGGAUUUGAGUCCCUGGCGGAGUAGUGUGUUACUGAUGGUAGGCUUUGUUACUUUGGUCCCAGCUCUCUGCAGGUCAUUCACUAGGUCUCCCUGUGUGGUUCUGGGAUUUUUGCUCACCGUUCUUGUGAUCAUUUUGACCCCACGGGGUGAGAUCUUGCGUGGAGCCCCAGAUCGAGGGAGAUUAUCAGUGGUCUUGUAUGUCUUCCAUUUCCUAAUAAUUGCUCCCACAGUUGAUUUCUUCAAACCAAGCUGCUUACCUAUUGCAGAUUCAGUCUUCCCAGCCUGGUGCAGGUCUACAAUUUUGUUUCUGGUGUCCUUUGACAGCUCUUUGGUCUUGACCAUAGUGGAGUUUGGAGUGUGACUGUUUGAGGUUGUGGACAGGUGUCUUUUAUACUGAUAACAAGUUCAAACAGGUGCCAUUAAUACAGGUAAUGAGUGGAGGACAGAGGAGCCUCUUAAAGAAGAAGUUACAGGUCUGUGAGAGCCAGAAAUCUUGCUUGUUUGUAGGUGACCAAAUACUUAUUUUCCACCAUAAUUUGCAAAUAAAUUAAUUAAAAAUCCUACAAUGUGAUUUUCUGGAGAAAAAAAUUCUCAAUUUGUCUGUCAUAGUUGACGUGUACCUAUGAUGAAAAUGACAGGCCUCUCUCAUCUUUUUAAGUGGGAGAACUUGCACAAUUGGUGGCUGACUAAAUACUUUUUUCCCCCACUGUAGGUACAGCUUCCUUUUUAGUCACCAUGGAUAUGGAGUCUCUAUACACCACCAUUGAACAUGAACAAGGUUUGGCAGCUAUGCACCAUUUCUUGAGUCCCCGACCUGAAACUGAGAUGCCUCCUACAGAAUUCAUUGUCUCACUGACUGAAUGGACUCUUAAUCAUAACAUCUUUAUCUUUCAGGACCGUAUUUUUAAACAGGUCAAAGGAUGUGCCAUGGGAGCUUGCUAUAGCCCUUCCUACACUGGUUUGUACUUGGGUAAAUGGGAAAAUGACUUCAUUUUGGAUCCUUCUAAUAACCAUUUCUUUGACCGGAUUAUAUGGUGGGGACGCUAUAUUGAUGAUGUUUGCCUGUUUUGGUCCGGCUCAGAAGACGAACUUAUUUCCUUCCACCAAUACCUUAACAGCAUUAAUCCUAACAUCAAACUAACUAUGGAGUACAGCAAGGAUAACAUUCAUUUUUUGGACCUCGACAUUAGUACAAAUGACAAAGGUUGUUUGCACACAUCAAUAUUUAGGAAGCCUACAGAUGGGAAUUCCAUUCUGAGGGCAGACAGCUUUCACCCCAAAAGGCUAAAAGAGAAUAUUCUAUAUGGCCAAUUCCAAAGAGUCCGCAGAAUUUGCGAUCAGGAAACAGACUACAGUGUCAAAUCUGCUGAAUUGGAGAAUCGCUUCUUGAAUCGGGGCCUUGAAAGAUGCAGGUAUAAGGGCUGGAUUACUUGACAGAGAGAACUUGUUGCGAAGGGGAGUGCCUCGUGAUACAUCAGAGAGAGUGUAUUUUGUUACAAAAUACAGCACUGAAGCAGAGAACAUUAAAAUAAUCAUUAAAAAUAAUUGGGGAAUCAUCUAAAGUGAUACGCUACUGCGCCAAGUCUUCCCAGAGCCACCAGUCAUAAGCUUUAAGAGAUGUCCUACCCUAAAUGACAAAUUAGUCCACAGUUAUCUUCCGGGUGACUCUCAAAAAAACUUGGCUUGACCACAAACCCAAGGGCUCUUUUAAAUGUAACCAGGGCAACCAUUGCAGAAAUAUUGCACAGAAAAAGUAUUUUGUUGACACAGCUUCCAAAAUGGAGUAUUACGUCAAGCAUUUCAUUAACUGCAAAACCACUCAUGUUAUCUAUAGAUUGGAAUGUCCACAGUGCAAGGUGUUCUACAUUGGACGGACAAAGAGACACCUUCAAGACCGCUUAGCGGAACACAAGUAUGCCAUAUGGGUAGGCAAUGAAGACUACCCCAUGGCAAGGCACUACAAGUCCUUACACCAUGGUAACCCUGCCUCCCUACAAGCUAUGGGUAUUGAUCAUAUUCCGGCCUCUAUUAGAAAAGGGGACCGUCUUAAACAGUUAAACCAAAGGGAAAGUUUUUGGAUUUACAAACUACAGGCCACUAAAUACCCUGAUUUAAAUGAAGAUAUGGAUUUCUCACCCUUCCUGUAGGGUUGUGAUAGGUCCAUUUGCUGUCAUCUAGUGGACAUUGUGCUCAAUUGCCCUCAGCUAUGUUUAGACUGUUGUUGUUCAUGUUUUGCUGGUUUCUAGUGUACUAUGGAAUAUAUUGCUUUCUUAUUUUUGACACUUUUCCCAGUCAUAUUUUAGGUUAGAACUACCUUUUUAAGUGUUCUGAUACUUCUAACUUGGAGUUGUAUUUGUAUGAUAACAUAGUUACAGUAUUUCACUUUUUAAUGUGUAUAGUAUUGCUUACUAGGUGUGUCCAAUCAACUUUGUAACCACUCCCUCUUCAAAUUAGGGCUAAUUGCAAAAGCUGUUCAGAAGAGGAAAUUGUAUUAUUUCUUUGUACUCCCUGACGAAGGCCAUGCAGCCGAAACGCGUCAGAUUUAAAAAAAAAACUUGUUUCUAUUGAACAUGCCAUACUAAUAAAGGCAUUUUAAUUCAUUAUAUGAAGAGUGCCUUGGUCAUCCUUUCUUUUUGAUGACCAAUUCACCCCUUUGACCAAAGAGCACCUUCUGUCUACCAACAUUUACUAUUGUGUACCUUAGUAGUGCUUCCCUUCCUCCUCUUUCUACACAUUGAGGAACUAUUGUAAUUCUCAAUUAAUGUAAAAACAGACUUUGUUUGCUUGCUGCUUGAGGUGAAGAAAACAUUACUUUGAGAAGCUCCACAGGUAUAGUUAUGGUGCGUUAAGCCAAUCAGAAAUACUAUCAGAUCCCCAAAUGGGUACAUUUAUAUGCCUACAUUUGCGCACAGGCCAGGUAGCCUAUAGGCCUACUUCUAUGCUUGCGAGUCCUUACUCAACAUUGAUAGGAACGCUCCAAACAAAAGACAAUGACUAAAUUGACAAAACUCAUAAAUGGAAGGAAAUAAACCAAAACAUGUUUCUCACAAGUGUAGCAUAGGUUGUGCACUCUGCAAACAAUGUGUCCACUCUGACAAUGAGAACGGGAAUAAUAAUAUUGAAUGCAUUAAAACUAAUUAUCGUAACCAAAGUAACAAACAUUGUAGAUUAGAAAUUAUAGGAAUUAACGGUAAAUGUACUACUGCCGAUAUAUGUAAUGGGGAAUUGAUAUACACUAACAAUCAAACGCAAACAAUUCACACAAUGAAGUUAUGAAACAAUGAAUGUGCACAAAUUGGCGGGAGAGAGAAGUACAUUGCAUCUGGGCGCAUGGUCAAUCCGACCUCUGCAUCGGCCAUGUAGCAUUUAUGGCGAUAUGGCCUCAGCAGAAGUAAGGGAAUUCAUACUUCUUGCGCUUCGUGGAGCAGUGCAGAGCUGUUGUCAAGGAUGUGAGUUUGUGUUUAUACAGGAUGUACCGCCCCCACCUACAGUCAACCAAUCAUGUCAAUGCGGAGCUAUAAAGAGCCCUCUGCAUUGUUCCAAAAUUUGGGAGGCGCAUGGCGAUGCGGUACGGAGCUCAAUUUGGCCUCUGCAUGCCUCUGGAGGCUUAGACUAAAAGCCAAUUUAUGCUUGAUCUGAAAAUUUGGUCGGAGGCUCCAUUUGGAGGGUGUGAUACCCUCCAAAUGGAGCCUCCGACCACAUUUUCAGAUCAAGCAUAAAUUGGCUUUUAGUCUCCGCAAUGGAUUAGUUCACUGAGAUAUAUAUACAAUCUCGGUUGACCAAUAGCCUAACGACCAAACAAUCGACCAGUCAACUAAUUUGGGUCAGCCCUAGUUUCUAGGUUCUGUAACGACUGCAGAGGGAGCUGUCUUCACUGAUCCAGGACCAGUUUAUAACUACCUCAGUCGUUGGACAGAAAGAAAAUCUGAUCUUACAUCAGUGCACAUGAAAAUGUAUAGUCUACACAUCAUAAGCUGUUAUGAGUUUCUCUUGAUAAAGAACAUUGACACUCACUCACCAACAUACAUGAUCGGUAUAACAGACGUUAGCCAGCAAUCGAUGCAGGUUUAACUGUUGAUCUGAUGAGAUAAGCUGAAAUGGAGUUGGGUACUUAUCAUCAUUGUUCCUGGCUGAUCUGAAUCACUGUCUUGUCCGUUGGCCAUUUCAGGGCUAAAAUUAUGAAUAUUCACAGUUAUGCUAACAGCUCUCCUCUCCUCGCUACUUCUCCCACAGCGAUGGUCUGACUCAUUCUGCUACUGCUGCCUGCCUCCUUACCGUUCUCUCUUUCCCUCUCUCUCACUCUCUCUCUCUCUAAAUUACAGCAAAGUCCAUGUUAGACGAAUGGCACCCCCGCCUAUGGGACACACAGUCCCCGCGCGACAUACAUGCACAACACCACACAACAAACCCGGCCCACUUCCCGAGCCCAAACCUCACUCCCCGGGCAGACCUCGCAUCCGGACACCCUACUACCCGUUUCCCCCCAACAGUCUCCUACCAGUGUGCGCGCCCAGAUCGCCAAAUAGCAGGCACCACCCAUUCUCUCGCACCCCCCCCCCUGUUCAACACCCCCCGGUUCCACCCUGUUCCAAAAUCCACUUCCGACUCUCUACGUCCCCCACACAUCUCAUUUCUCCCAGCCCCCAAUACGUCCUCACCCACAGUGCAACAUCAGGGUGAACCAAAGGCCAGGCGAAAUGGACGAACAAAGAGGGCGCGAAGGGGCAAAAGUGACAGAGAAAACAAAAAGACUAAGAGAAAGGGGACGAAGAAGCGAAGCGGCGGAACCACAGCGCUCUGACGCUCUCUUAUGCCGCCUAUUCUCGAGCGCUCAGCUAUCUCUCUCGGCUUCCACUCCCUACCCACUCGCUCAACCCUAAGCUCCACCGACCCCUGCCCACCAACCCCCUCCUACCUUCCACUAAACUAUCCCAACCCUUGCAUUCACCAACCAAUGUUUAGCCAUCCCCCAUGCAGGCAUUUCCACUUCUAUCCCUCACCCCAUCCAACCUUACCCAAUUAACCUUCACACAUUUGAAAUACCAUGUUAGAAGGAAAGUUUCAAAUUUCAAUAAUUAAUUUAUUAAUUAUGCUUUAAUCCCAAAUUAUUAUAAGGGGAAAAAAAGAAACCCAAAAUUGGCCCCAAAAAGGGGAUAAAAAGGGGGAAAAAAGGUACCAAAUGCACGAUCCACCCAAGAACCAGCCAGCGGCCCAGGGCCCCACCCCAACGAGAGCGAGCCAGGGGCGCAACAGGAGAGAACUGCCCCACACCUGCAUGUGUUCCCCAAUCUCUUUUCGUCCCCAAGCUAAUUUGCAGCUAUCCACUCUAGGUUCCGCUCACCUUUUCUCAUAUCUCUCUCUAAUGAGACCCCAUCUCUAGACAGGGCCCCAAAAAUCUCUCAGAGCGAGAGAAGCGGGGGCAACCACAGAGAGAGAGAAGAGCGGGGAACAAAGCCGAGAGGAGAGAGCGGGGAAAAAGAGCGAGAGAGAGAGGGACAGGAGCGAGACUGAGAGAGAGUCAGAGAGAGAGAGAGAAGCGAGAUAGAGGCAGAGAGAGCUAUUCAGCUAUAUCAUCUCUCUCUCUCUCUCUCUCUCGGUCUCUCUGCGCUCUCUCUCGUCUUCUCUCUCUCUCUCUCUCUUACCCUCAAAACUCCCGAACAACAGCUCUUUACAGCCACUCAAACAGAAACCUGUCUGAAGGACCCCUGUGCCCCCACACAAUAGAUUCACACAGCAAUUAUCCACUUGCAUUAGUCACAUUGAAUGGUUUCACUCCACAACCUUACUUUGCAAUUAUUUCUAUAUAUAGCUUUUGACAUCAUUGGCUUUUAUAUACAGAAAGUGAUGACAUCCAAUGAUGUCUGAGGAUCUACAGAUCAUGUAGCACAUCCCUAUUCUGACGAGCGGUUUCUGUCUUUGCCCUCUCCAUACUACACGGAUUACUUUGCUAUUAUCAUCCCCCAGACAUUAGAAAGCCUGCAUUGUUAUUCAGAAUAUAUUCUCAAUCAUCAUAAAGUAACAAUGUAUUCUAGAAUCUACUCUUUAAACAGUCCAAAUGUCAGAGUUCCAGAACAAUACAACCAGCCACUUCUACCUAGUGCAAUGGUCCACUCUAUUCCAAUAUACUGUAAAUACAUUCAAGUCUCUCCCUCCUCUACUGUCUGUUAACUGUAUUCUCCAUGCCUGACAUUCACACAAAUGUAAGGUUUUUGCUUGCAAGGUUUCUUAUUUUCUUCUCUAUAUAUAUCUAUCGUAUCUCUAUAGAGCUACUACUCAUCUACUAGUCUCUAUAUCUCUAGAUAGCUAUCCUCUCGCUCUAUCUCUCUCUCUCUCUCUCUCUCUCUCUCUCUCUCUCUCUCUCUCUCUCUCUCUCUCUCUCUCUCUCUCUCUCUCUCUCUCUCUCUCUCUCUCUCUCUCUCUCCUCCGCUGUCACUGCUGCCCACUUUCAGACUAAAGGCCUUGUUCUCUCUCUCUCUCUCUCUGUGAUGCUGUAGACAGACACAGAUAUCACUCUAUCGCUCUACUUCUUGCUUCCCCAGGGGUCUGCCCUACCAGGCCUGCCACUUUCUUUCAUCCACCUCAAGACUCUCUAUCCUCCUCGCCUAUUCUCCCUCAUCUCCACUUCCUUGUUAGCAAGCAAGCUCUCUGCAUACUGUACCAAACUUCUCUAGUACUACUACAGUACAUCAUGCUGGCUUCUGUCCUCCUGUCACCCACUGUUAAAGAGGGGGAAAAUCUCUUUAAGUGGAUUCUGUGGCCUUGUCACUGUUCUCUGUGGAUUACAAUUGAUAUAGACCAAAGCUUACAAGUGAUAAACUUGAAUGCUUUAAUGUAGGCCCUUGGAAUUUGAAUCAGGUCUUGUCAUGAUAGAUUAAUUUGUGUUAAUGCAACAUGACAUGAGGAAGGCUUCAGUGAACUAGACUCAAUUUUUGAGUCUUUUACUUAAAUUACAGCCCAGUCUUGUAAUGGCAGCAUGCGUUCUUGCAGUGUGCGUUUGGGUAAAUUGUGACGUCCUGACUUUUCUACUAGUUGUAGACAUGUUGUGUACUGCAACUGCUAAGUAGUCCCAUUAUUGCUAGCAAGUGCCCCCAAUUAGCUGUGUAAUUCGAGUUAAAUUAUUUCCUUCAGUUCAUGCAUUUAGUUCGACAAUUUUUAAAGAUGUAUUCUUACCUUGGCUGCGUUCAGUAUGAAAAAAAUGGUGUGCAACAUUCAUUUAAACAGAAAAGGUGCCGUUCUGAACAACCAGUUGAAAAACGGGUAGGGGUUGAGGAAUGCUGUCAGCAUGGCCGCUGCCCUUUAAAUACAUCACUGCUUCAUGCCACACCCACCAAACAGAGCAAACAUUUUUAAUUUAUUUUCUCACCUUUAUUUAACCAGGUAAGCCAGUUGAGAACAUACCCAAAGACUAUCUAUUAUGUUGACAAGAUAGUCAAGUGACCGCUCUACCAAUGGAAAUACAAGGAGGCGAGAUCAUUAUAGGACCAUUCUAGCCAAUGAGAGGGCAGAUACACGUGUGAACAACAUGCCUUAGAGAUAGAAGGAGGACUCAUCUUUGUAUCUGUGCCAUUAUAGCGUCUGUGAGUAGAGCAAUUCCACGGUAACGGAUUUACGCUCUGACUCUGUUUUUAUUUCACUUUCAAAUGUAUGCCAAACAAAAAAAAAUGAUUUUAAAGUUUAACAAAUCUCUAUGCACAAGGACUACGUUUAACAAUUUCCAAUAAAACAUUCACAAAAACAAAUUUAGUAGAAGAGCUGUACAGAUGCCAACUUUGGUAAUGGAAUUAUGGUAAAAUCUCCCUCAGGUUUUUAUGAGACCACGUUUCCCAAAAACUCUGUUAAAUAUCUAUUAUGGCUAUUGAACUACAGUAAGUGAAGUGGAUUUACAAUCGUUAACGGAAUUACGGUAACAGAAUUACAUCAUGGCUCCCUGAUCUGUACUACAAAGAAAUGCAUAAUUAUGGAUAUGAAUUUCAUUCUCCUCAUGUUUCACAAGUUUGGACAUCACAGUAGAGUACAGUGCAGUACAAUACAGCAGAGUAUAGUUCAGUAGAGUACAGUACAAUGUACUGUACUAUAUUCUACUUUUCUUUACUCUACUGUAUUGUACUACUGUACUGUAUUGUACUGUGCUCUACUGUGCUCUGCUCACUGUACUGUGCUAUCCAAACUUGUGAAACGUACACUACCAGUCAAAAGUUUGGACACACCCACUCAUUCAAGGGUUUUUCUUUAUUUUUACUAUUUUUUACAUUUUAAAAUAAUAGUGAAGACAUCAAAACUAUGAAAUAACACAUGGAAUCAUGUAGUAACCACAAAAGUGUUAAACAAAUCAAAAUAUAUUUAAGAUUCUUCAAAUAGCCACCCUUUGUCUUGAUGACAGCAUUGCACACUCUUGGCAUUCUCUCAACCAGCUUCAUGAGGUAGUCACCUGGAAUGCAUUUCAAUUAACAGGUGUGCCUUCUUAAAAGUUAAUUUGUGGAAUUUCUUUCCUUCUUAAUGCGUUUGAGCCAAUCAGUUGUGUUGUGACAAGGUAGGGGGGUAUACAGAAGAUAGCCCUAUUUGGUAAAAGACUAAGUCCAUAUUAUGGCAAGAACAGCUCAAAUAAGCAAAGAGAAAUGACAGUUCAUCAUUACUUUAACAUAUGAAGGUCAGUCAAUACGGUCAAUACAUUUCAAGAACUUUGAACGUUUCUUCAAGUGCAGUCGCAAAAGCCAUCAAGCGCUAUGAUGAAACUGGCUCUCAUGAGGACUGCCACAGGAAUGGAAGACCCAGAGUUACCUCUGCUGCAGAGGAUAAGUUCAUUAGAGUUACCAGCCUCAGAAAUUGCAGCCCAAAUAAAUGCUUCACAGAGUUCAAGUAACAGACACAUCUCAACAUCAACUUUUCAGAGGAUACUGUGUGUAUCAGGCCUUCAUGGUCGAUUUGCUGCAAAGAAACCACUACUAAAGGACACCAAUAAUAAGAUGAGACUUGCUUGGGCAAAGAAACAUGAGCAAUGGAUAUUAGACCGGUGGAAAUGAGUCCAAAUUUGAGAUUUUUGGUUCCAACCGCCGUGUCUUUGUGACACGGUGUGGUUGAAUGGAUUAUCUCCGUUUGUGUAUUUCCCACUGUAAAGCAUGGAGGAAGAGGUGCUAUGGUGUGGGGGUGCUUUGCUGAUGACAUUGUCUGUGAUUUAUUUAGAAUUCAAGGCACACUUAACCAGCAUGGCUACCACAGCAUUCUGCAGCGAUACGCCAUCCCAUCUGGUUUGGGCUUAGUGGGACUAUCAUUUGUUUUUCAACAGGACAAUGAUCAAACACACCUCCAGGCUGUGUAAGGGCUAUUUUACCAAGACGGAGAGUGAUGGAGUGCUGCCUCCACAAUCCCCCGACCUCAAUCCAAUUGAGAUGGUUUAGGAUGAGUCGGACCACAGAGUGAAGGAAAAGCAGCCAACAAGUGCUCAGCAUAUGUGGGAACUGCUUCAAGACUGUUGGAAAAGCAUUCCAGGCCUUCUAGCCUUUGCCUGGUUAAGAAACACAAGCAGCUUUAUAAAAUUAAAAACAAUAGCAGCAUUGAGUUUAAUAGUAAAACAAUGGUCUAGCUAUGUUUUUCUCUCCCUAAAACUUGGCUACUUGCGCACCGGACCGUUAACCAUUUGUUUAGGCUACACCUUGUUCAUCAGUCAUGUUACCUCAUUAGCUAGCUAUAGCUAACAAUCUGGGGAGUGUUCAGCAGGAGGAAACGUUUUGGAAUGUUCAGAUAUAAAUAUGCUACAGUGAGGGAAAACAGUAUUUGAUCCCCUGCUGAUUUUGUACGUUUGCCCACUGACAAAGACAUGAUCAGUCUAUAAUUUUAAUGGUAGGUUUAUUUGAACAGUGAGAGACAGAAUAACAACAACAAAAUCCAGAAAAACGCAUGUCAAAAAUGUUAUAAAUUGAUUUUGCAUUUUAAUGAGGGAAAUAAGUAUUUGACCCCUCUGCAAAACAUGACUUAGUACUUGGUGGCAAAACCCUUGUUGGCAAUCACAGAGGUCAGACGUUUCUUGUAGUUGGCCACCAGGUUUGCACACAGCUCAGGAGGGAUUUUGUCCCACUCCUCUUUGCAGAUCUUCUCCAAGUCAUUAAGGUUUUGAGGCUGACGUUUGGCAACUCGAACGUUCAGCUACCUCCACAGAUUUUCUAUGGGAUUAAGGUCUGGAGACUGGCUAGGCCACUCCAGGACCUUAAUGUGCUUCUUCUUGAGCCACUCCUUUGUUGCCUUGGUCAUGUGUUUUGGGUCAUUGUCAUGCUGGAAUACCCAUCCACUACCCAUUUUCAAUGCCCUGGCUGAAGGAAGGAGGUUCUCACCCAAGAUUUGACGGUACAUGGCCCCGUCCAUCGUCCCUUUGAUGCGGUGAAGUUGUCCUGUCCCCUUAGCAGAAAAACACCCCCAAAGCAUAAUGUUUCCACCUCCAUGUUUGACGGUGGGGAUGGUGUUCUUGGGUCAUAGGCAGCAUUCCUCCUCCUCCAAACACGGCGAGUUGAGUUGAUGCCAAAGAGAUCCAUUUUGGUCUCAUCUGACCACAAUACUUUCACCCAGUUCUCCUCUGAAUCAUUUAGAUGUUCAUUGGCAAACUUCAGACGGGCCUGUAUAUGUGCUUUCUUGAGCAGGGGGACCUUGCGGGCGCUGCAGGAUUUCAGUCUUUCACGGCAUAGUGUGUUACCAAUUGUUUUCUUGGUGACUAUGGUCCCAGCUGCCUUGAGAUCAUUGACAAGAUCCUCCCGUGUAGUUAUGGGCUGAUUCCUCACCAUUCUCAUGAUCAUUGCAACUCCACGAGGUGAGAUCUUGCAUGGAGCCCCAGGCCGAGGGAGAUUGACAGUUAUUUUGUGUUUCUUCCAUUUGCGAAUAAUCGCACCAACUGUUGUCACCUUCUCACCAAGCUGCUUGGUGAUGGUCUUGUAGCCCAUUCCAGCCUUGUGUAGGUCUACAAUCUUGUCCCUGACAUCCUUGGAGAGCUCUUUGGUCUUGGCCAUGGUGGAGAGUUUGGAAUCUGAUUGAUUGAUUGCUUCUGUGGACAGGUGUCUUUUAUACAGGUAACAAACUGAGAUUAGGAGCACUCCCUUUAAGAGUGUGCUCCUAAUCUCAGCUCGUUACCUGUAUAAAAGACACCUGGGAGCCAGAAAUCUUUCUGAUUGAGAGGGGAUCUAAUACUUAUUUCCCUCAUUAAAAUGCAAAUCAAUUUAUAACAUUUUUGACAUGCAUUAUUCUGGAUUUUGUUGUUGUUAUUCUGUCUCUCACUGUUCAAAUACACCUACCAUUAAAAUUAUAGACUGAUCAUUUCUUUGUCAGUGGGCAAACGUACAAAAUCAGCAGGGGAUCAAAUACUUUUUCCCCUCACUGUAUGUAGAACAAACAUGCCUCUGACAUGUUGAAUAAGGAAUAACGUUGGCUCUUCAUGGAAUUUCUAUGUGCAACGUUCGAGAACGUUUUGCAACAGAACAUGGCCCAGGUAACAUUACCAGUAGUCUAUAUGCAAACAUUGGUGGCACACAUUUUUGACUACAUUCCCCUUGCCACUACACUAUAUCUGACUGGUAGUACCACAAUCACUUUUUUUUAGUUAAUGUGGAUCCAGUGACUCAGACUUGAGCACGUGGCCCAGGACUCGAGCACUGGGACUUCAGCCAUAGGGACUUGUGACCCAACCAUUGGGACUCAAUUCGGACUGUAGGAUGAGUGACUCGACUACAGCACUCACUGUGUGAAACAGUCAUUAGCUCCCGUUCUACUUUUGGACACCAAUGUGGCUGCGGCGUCUGUGGAACGGUGAUAACAAUGGCAAUGACGUGACCGAGUGACGGAGGUGCAACCCCAUACUACUUUGCCAAUACCAUCUGGUGAUUGUGGUACUCUCUCUCUCUCUCUCUCUGUCUCUCUGUUUCUCUGUCUCUCUGCGCUUGUGUGUGCCCGUUUGUUUUGUAUGUAAUGUGCAAUAUCUAUGUAGGCUGAAUUAGGAAUUUACAUGGCCAGAUAAUUCUUAUAUAUUCUAUGUUUGUCAUAUUUUUCCUGUUGGGAAGAGAACAGGUUAUUUUUAGAAAUUUUUGCAACUUUAUAAAAAAAUAAAAACAGAUACCUUAUUUACAUAAGUAUUCAGACCUUUUGCUAUGAGACUCGAAAUUGAGCUCAGAUGCAUCCUGUUUCCAUUGAUCAUCCUUGAAAUGUUUCUACAACUUGAUUGGAGUCCACCUGUGGUAAAUUCAAUUGAUUGGACAUGAAUUUCUGCAGCAUUGAAGGUCCCAAGAACACAGUGGCCUCCAUCAUUCUUAAAUGGAAGAAGUUUGGAACCACCAAGACUCUUCCUAGAGCUAGCCGCCCGGCCAAACUGAGCAAUCGGGGAAAAGGGCCUUGGUCAGGGAGGUGACCAAGAACCCGAUGGUUACUCUGACAGAGCUUCAGCGUUCCUCUGUGGAAAUGGGAGAACCUUCCAGAAGGACAACCAUCUCUGCAGCACUCCACCAAUCAGGCCUUUAUGGUAGAGUGGCCAGACGGAAGCCACUCCUUAGUAAAAGGCGCAUGACAGCACGCUUGGAGUUUGCCAAAAGGCACCUAAAGGACUAUCAGACCAUGAGAAACAAGAUUCUCUGGUCUGAUGAAACCAAGAUUGAACUCUUUGGCCUGAAUGCCAAGCGUCACGUCAGGAGGAAACCUGGCACCAUCCCUAUGGUGAAGCAUGGUGGUGGCAGCAUCAUACUGUGGGGAUGUUUUUCAGCGGCAGGGACUGGGAGACUAGUCAGGAUGGAGGGAAAGAUGAACGGCGCAAAGUACAGAGAGAUCCUUGAUGAAAACCUGCUCCAGAGCGCUCAGGACAGACUGAAGCAAAGGUUCACCUUCCAACAGGACAAUGACCCUAAGCACACAGCCAAGACAAUGCAGGAGUGGCUUCGGGACAAGUCUCUGAAUGUCCUUGAGUGGCCCAGCCAGAGCCCGGACUUGAACCCAAUCGAACAUCUCUUGAGAGACCUGAAAAUAGCUGUGCAGCGACGCUCCCCAUCCAACCUGACAGCGCUUGACAGGAUCUGCAGAGAAGAAUGGGAGAAACUCCCCAAAUACAGAUGUGCCAAGCUUGUAGCGUCAUACCCAAGAAGACUCAAUGCUGUAAUCGCUGCCAAAGGUGCUUCAACAAAGUAUUGAGAAAAAGGUUUUGAGUACUUAUGUAAAUGUGAUAUUUCAGUUUUUUUUUUUUUAUAUAUUUGCUGAAAUUUCUAGAAACCAGUUUUUUCUUUGUCAUUACAGGGUAUUGUGUGUAGAUUGAUGAGUGGGAAAAAAACAAUUUAAUCCAUUUUAGAAUAAGGCUGUAACAUAACAAAAUGUGGAAAAAGUCAAGGGGUCUGAAUACUUUCCGAAUGCACUGUAGGUUCAUGAGGCAAUGCAAAUGUGAUGUGACUAAAAAUAAAGGGCAUUUAGUUGACUAAAAUGGCCCACUGUUUUUAUCAUUUUGACACUAACUAGACUAAAUCAUUAUUCAAAUGACAAAAAUGUCUUAAUGACAAAAAUACUUUAUGAUAUUUUAGUCAAAAUGACUAAGACUAGACUAAAUCUAAAAAAGAGUGCCAAAAUUAACACUGGAGGACAGUAGCAGUUGAACUAACUGUGGUUUGUAAAAAAAAAUAUGAUUUCCCAUUGUAGCCAAUUCAGUUGCAGUAUUUCCGUUACUGAAUUUUUGGUAAUUUCAUUACCAAUUUGUUUUUAAUCACUUAAUAAUACAUAAACAAAAUUGAUAUCAGUAAAAUCACAGGUCUACCAUUACUUGUUACUUCUGUGAACUUUCAUUAUCCUCUUCAUGAGGGAGAGAAAUUAGCCCACCUCCUGCACUGCUCACACCUAAUCAAAUCAAAUCAAAUGUUAUUGGCCACACGCGCCGAAUACAACAGGUGUAGACAUUACAGUGAAAUGCUUACUUACAGCCCUUAACCAACAAUGCAUUUAUUUUUUAAUAAAAAAAGUAAAAUAAAACAACAACAAAAAAGUGUUGAGAAAAAAAGAGCAGAAGUAAAAUAAAAUAACAGUAGGGAGGCUAUAUACAGGGGGGUACCGGUGCAGAGUCAAUGUGCGGGGGCAUCGGCUAGUUGAGGUAGUUGAGGUAAUAUGUACAUGUGGGUAGAGUUAAAGUGACUAUGCAUAAAUAAUUAACAGAGUAGCAGCAGCGUAAAAAGAUGGGGUGGGGUGGGGGUGGGGGGGCAGUGCAAAUAGUUUGGGUAGCCAUGAUUAGCUGUUCAGGAGUCUUAUGGCUUGGGGGUAGAAGCUGUUGAGAAGUCUUUUGGACCUAGACUUGGCACUCCGGUACCGCUUGCCGUGCGGUAGCAGAGAGAACAAUCUAUGACUAGGGUGGCUGGAGUCUUUGACAAUUUUGAGGGCCUUCCCCACCUGUGACUGAAAGGGGGGGAUAUGCCAAUUGAAAAGCUAGCUCUUAAAAAUGUAGCUAGCUAUCUAGCUAUAUGACAUAAAAUGCUGUGUAAAAUAGUUAAAAGGCUAUAAAGUAACAUUAACUGUAAAGCUAUCAGUCACUAGUGGAAACAGUUACAACUGCAAUUAAGUUACAUUAUCUUUUUAAUGUAUUUUACCUCAGACAAUCUGGUAGUAUGGUUGCUAGCUAGCACUCCUAGCAGCUUAUGGUAACUAGCUAGCUGGCUAGCAUUUACUGCUAGUAAAGUUGCUAGCUAGGAAGUUAGCAUAAACUAGCACUAACUGGACUAGUCAUUGUCUAAAUGACAGGUUGAAACACAUUCAUAACCAUGAAGGGGUAACUAUCCACCAGGGGCCAUAUUACUACUUUACUCAAAAAUUAUUUAAAAAAUUGUGGAUUAUUUAUCUUAAGGUUACCCCCUAGUACCCUACCCAUAGCCUGUUUCUUAGGCCAUACAUAGUUUUUUAAUUACAGUGAGGGAAAAAAGUAUUUGAUCCCCUGCUGAUUUUGUACGUUUGCCCCCUGACAAAGACAUGAUCGGUCUAUUAUUUUAAUGGUAGGUUUAUUUGAACAGUGAGAGAUAGAAUAACAACAAAAAAAUCCAGAAAAACGCAUGUAAAAAAUGUUAUAAAUUGAUUUGCAUUUUAAUGAGGGAAAUAAGUAUUUGACCCCUCUGCAAAACAUGACUUAGUACUUGGUGGCAAAACCCUUGUUGGCAAUCACAGAGGUCAGACGUUUCUUGUAGUUGGCCACCAGGUUUGCACACAUCUCAGGAGUGAUUUUGUCCCACUCCACUUUGCAGAUCUUCUCCAAGUCAUUAAGGUUUCGAGGCUGACGUUUGGCAACUUCAACCUUCAGCUCCCUCCACAGAUUUUCUAUGGGAUUAAGGUCUGGAGACUGGCUAGGCCACUCCAGGACCUUAAUGUACUUCUUAUUGAGCCACUCCUUUGUUGCCUUGGCCGUGUGUUUUGGGUCAUUGUCAUGCUGGAAUACCCAUCCACAACCCAUUUUCAAAGCCCUGGCUGAGGGAAGGAGGUUCUCACCCAAGAUUUGACGGUACAUGGCCCCGUCCAUCGUCCCUUUGAUGUGGUGAAGUUGUCCUGUCCCCUUAGCAGAAAAACACCCCCAAAGCAUAAUGUUUCCACCUUCAUGUUUGACGGUGGGGAUGGUGUUCUUGGGUCAUAGGCAGCAUUCCUCCUCCUCCAAACACGGCGAGUUGAGUUGAUGCCAAAGAGCUCAAUUUUGGUCUCAUCUGACUACAACACUUUCACCCAGUUCUCCUCUGAAUCAUUCAGAUGUUCAUUGGCAAACUUCAGACGGGCCUGUAUAUGUGCUUUCUUGAGCAGGGGGACCUUGCAGACGCUGCAGGAUUUCAGUCCUUCACGUCGUAGUGUGUUAUCAAAUCAAAUCAAAUCAAAUCAAAUGUUAUUGGCCACAUGCGCCGAAUACAACAGGUGCAGACAUUACAGUGAAAUGCUUACUUACAGCCCUUAACCAACAGUGCAAAUACAGUAAAAAUAAAACAACAAUAUAAAAAGUGUUGAGAAAAAAAGAGCUAAAAAAAAUAACAGUAGGGAGGCUAUAUAUACAGGGGGGUACAGGUGCAGAGUCAAUGUGCGGGGGCACCGGAUAGUUGAAUUGUUUUCUUGGUGACUAUGGUCCCAGCUGCCUUGAGAUCAUUGACAAGAUCCUCCCGUGUAGUUCUGGGCUGAUUCCUCACCGUUCUCAUUAUCAUUGCAACUCCACGAGGUGAGAUCUUGCAUGGAGCCCCAGGACGAGGGAGAUUGACAGUUUUUUUUGUGUUUCUUCCAUUUGCGAAUAAUCGCACCAACUGUUGUCACCUUCUUGUAGCCCAUUCCAGCCUUGUGUAGGUCUACAAUCUUGUCCCUGACAUCCUUGGAGAGCUCUUUGGUCUUGGCCAUGGUGGAGAGUUUGGAAUCUGAUUGAUUGAUUGCUUCUGUGGACAUGUGUAUUUUAUACAGGCAACAAGCUGAGAUUAGGAGCACUCCCUUUAAGAGUGUGCUCCUAAUCUCAGCUCGUUACCUGUAUAAAAGACACCUGGGAGCCAGAAAUCUUUCUGAUUGAGAGGGGGUCAAAUACUUAUUUCCCUCAUUAAAAUACAAAUCAAUUUAUAACAUUUAUGAAAUGCGUUUUUCUGGAUUUUUUUGUUGUUUUUCUGUCUCUCACUGUUCAAAUAAACCUACCAUUAAAAUUAUAGACUGAUAAUUUCUUUGUCAGUGGGAAAACGUACAAAAUCAGCAGGGGAUCAAAUACUUUUUUCCCUCACUGUAUUUAUUUGGAGAAGUUAGGUUUUGUUAAUCUUUUGCUUGUUUUUGUAAUUCCUUUUUGCCUAUUUUGCUGAAUUUCUUAUCUACCAUAAUCACUGCUACCAUCACAACCAUUACUUUGUGGAUGAAACCACAAUUUUUGCACCUUAUCAUUUGCCUCCUGCCUGUCCUUAAGACCAUAACACAUGUUUUCCUUUACAAGUCUUACUAUGUAAGAAUAACUGUCAAACAAGACAAAAAGCAAUUACAUUCUCUUCCUGGAGAUAUUGUUUAUCAGCUUUUAUCUCUCGCUCUCUAUCUUGCUCUCUCAUUUUCUCUCUCCCUCUCUGGGCAUUACAUAAGUCUGUGUGUGUGUGUGGGGGCUGUGUUGUGUAUUAUGUAAGGGAGACCUGGAAGUAAGUAUGGGUGACCCCUACACUGCCCUGCACACUCGCUGGAGGUGGGAGGUUGUUUAUGUUAGUCAUAGAGGGCACAGUAUGUGUGUGUGUGUGUCUCGUGUGUUUUCUAUUACCAUGUUAAAUCAGUUUGUAAAGACCAGGGAAUUGAGUAGGUUCAGGAGUUUUUCCUAGUCCGGUAUUAUGGUUGGGAGAAACUCCUGGCUCUAGAGAUGGGUGACCUCAGGCAGGUGAUUAGGUUGGUAGAAAUUAAUAAAGGUUGGUUAUGAUGAUAAAGUGACACCUUUAUGAAUGAUACUGCUGUUUUCUCAUUAUACCUCCGGCUAAUCAUGGUGUUUAAUGUCAUUUGAGACUUGUUUCUCACUAGAGAAGAUUUCUUCUUUUAUAAAAAGGCGUUUAGACAACAUUAACAUUUGAUCAUUGUGUUAUCUUCCUUGUUUCUAAGUGAUGUCUCCUACUUGGCUGACUCCUAUUCUGACUAAUGUUAUCAUCAUCAAGUCAUCAAAGAAAACAAUAACAAAAGACUAAUUCCUGUUCAGAACUGCAGCUCAACUGACUGUCUGAUACGAGGGAGGAGGGUUUUGUAUUGUUGUUAACCAGUGGAGAGGAAUUACCAAUCAAACACUGGGUAUAAAUACACUUUGUUUGUUUUGUAUGCAAGAGAGAAAGUCAUGAUACCUUCUAGAAAUAAAAAAGAAGACUUCACCUUGCCAGCAGUUUCCCUGCACUCCUGGUGUGUGUGUGUGUGUGUGUGGUGUGUAUCUCCUCGUGUUGGGAGAGGGGGGUGCUCUUACUGAGUGGGAAUGCCUGGUAGGAUGUGUAGGCCUCGGUAACCAAGGCAACCAUCUGCUGCUAUGCUCGCAACGCUCUCGGCAGCCCACACAAUGUCACCACUGUGACAUCCAGCCUGCAGUUCUGAGAGAGAGGAAGAGAGGGAAAAACAAGAGACGAGAGAGAUUGUGUGUAUGUGUCUCUGUGUGUGUGUGUGUCUGUGUGUUAGACAUUGACCCCUUCCUGUGUUCUAUCUAGAUGCAGGGGGAUUUAGGGUCCCAGAGGAGUUUCAGUGUGUUGGACCGCCUCCUCCACACACACCCCGUCUGGCUGCAGCUAUCCAUCAAUGCUGACUCCGCCCUCUAUAUCCUGCUCAGAGAACCUGUCGGGGUAAGGAGGGGAGAGCCAAUCAGAUCAUUCCAUCAUUAAUAAAUUUACUAACCCAGACUGUCAGGUGAACUGUAUCUGUUUAGUAUAGCUUUCCAAUAGAGUAGUAUACAAGACAGUCAGGAACCUAUUGUACAGUUCCUCACCCCAAGUGUUCACAAAGAACCCUAAUAAAACCCAACUUUAGCCUUGACAUACUGUUACUUACUUGUUAUUGAGCGCUCUAAUUGGACAGUUCCAACAGUUCAAUCAGUACUUGUUUAACAGAACAUACAUUGUUCUCUUUGUCAAUGUUUAUGGCUGGCCCCUGUGUGUAGACGUUCCUAGUUCGUAAGUGCAGCUCCAGCCAGAGGAAGGUGUUGUGUGUCCGAGUGACAGCAGACCGAUCAGUAUCCUCCAUUAAGGAGUGUCUCAUAUGUGAGGAAGACUCAAGUGAGUACCAGAUGCAUACAUGUAGGCUACACCAACAUCAACACACACAAACACUCUAAACUAACAAUGAAACACUUGUGUACAUUAAAGUCAACACACACAUACACUCUAAACCAGUGUUUCUUAACUCCAGUCCUCGAGUACCCCUAAUAGCACACAUUUUUGUUGAAGCCCUGGAUAAACACCUGAUUCAACUCAUUGAGGGAUUGAUGAUUAAUUGACAAGUUGAAUUAGGUGUGCUUGUCCAGGGCUAACAUUUUAAUUUGUACUGUUCGGGGUACUGGAGGACUGGAGUUGAGAAACACUGCUCUAAACUAUCAAUAAAACACUUGAACAGUUUCAAUUACAAACACACACAGUACUGCAUGUGAUCAACAUCCACUGUGAAUCAAUGAAGGAUCGGGCCCGGCUCCACGAGGGGGCAAAAGGGGGCUUAGCCCAAUUUAAACUUCUGCCACCUCAGUUUUAGUUUUAUGUCCCUAGAUAAAAAUAGCAAAAUAAAGUUCAAAUGAUUGAGUGACAGGUUGGCGCAAAAUCUGUAUCUGUGCUGUAUCAGGGCUAUGAAAAGCCACUGGGCGGUUAGGUAUGACUCCUUUGGGUUUUCAUAAAAAGUGUGAAAAAAUGCUGCUCAUCUGUGGUAGGCUACGUGAAAAACAAGAUACGUCUCCGCCUGUAAAUUAGAUUUAGAUUUACAAGUUUACAGUUGAAGCUCCUUCACUCAACUCUGCCUGACGUCCCACCACUACAGAGUUUAGUUAGCUUCUUAGCUAGCUGUAAAAGGCGUUAGUGUUAUUACCCAAAAGCUCUAACCAGCUAAGCUGCCACUGCCACGAUGGAUAUCGGAAAUCAAACCACCGAGGCCGCCAGCAGCGAUGAUGCUGCCGAGCUCCAGCUAGCUUCGUGUGAAGAGCCCAUGUGAACAGCCCACUCCCCCUUCCCCGACUGUUCCUGACGAUCUUGGGACAGAGGAGCCACCCCAGGUUAGCCUAAAAUCCUACCCUAGCCGCAGGUUUUCUGUCCAAAAACGUUCAUUUAAUAGCAACUGGUUCAUAGGAAGAGAGUGGCUAGAGUACUCUGUUACUGCAGAUGCGGCAUUUUGUUUUUUCAUGUCGAAAGUUCUGUGUUGGGUCAAAUGCUAACGCAGAUAAGGCCUUAACCCAAGGCGGGUAUUCUAACUGGAAGAAUUCUAUUGAUGGUACCAAAGGAUUCACUAGGCAUCAUCAAGCAAGGUGCAUUUGAAAUGCACUGCACUGUGGUAAGAAACUAGUAUUCGGCUGCAUUCACGCUGUUUGAAAUAGGUGAAUUACCCUAUCUAUUUUGAAGCCUAUAUUCAUUACCAAAUAGGCCUUGCUUUAGUGUGUAGGGCGCUGUCCAUUGUGCUGAUACAGCGCAGCGGAAAUGGGCUACAGAUUUCACGCCAACCUGUCACUUCAAAAGCACUCAAUGGUCUAGGAGUCUCAGCAUUUUAGCUUGAUGUUUAUUAUGGUAUAGUGUGAUAUAAGCAGAAAUCUAAAUAAUUCCAAUGCAAGAACCCCCCAAAACUGUCCCCCCUCACCGAUUUCAACUGCCCCCUUAGUCACUUUAUCCUGAACCGGGUUUGUGAAGGAUGCUGCCAAAUGUUACAAAGCUGUGAUUGGUGUCAAACGCUCUCUGUCCUAUCACCAGCCUUCGCCUUGGAGAGCUCCGCCCUCAGCUUCCCAGACCUCUGCCGAUUGGUGGCCUUCUACUGCAUCAGCAGGUGAUUACCACUACCUUUACCCCCGUCUACCUGUCAAUAACACUGCCACUGCUUUGGUCUAUUUUGUCCACAGACUGUAAAUACGCUGUAAUGGCACUCCCAUUACAAAACAGGGCACCCUGUGCUGUUCCAGCCUACUAUCACACACUGUGUUAUUUGAUAAUAAAUAAGUACAGUAUGUGUGUGUUGUCUCCAGGGAUGUGCUGCCUUUUCCACUGGAGCUCCCAGAAGCCAUUGCUCAGGCCUCCACCCACAGGAAGCUGGAGGCCAUCUCCCAUAUGGGAUUAGGUAGGGAUUCAUUCAACGGAUCUAUAACAUACAGAUGUAGGAAAUGCAAACUUGUUGUGUAUUCAAGGUUUAAAAAGACUUCUAAAGUUUGUAAUUUCCACUUUAAAAUGUCAGACUUGAUUUGCCCAAAGGAAAAUGUAUCAACCCCUACAGAAAAUGUCCAUUAAUUAUAAUCCACAUAAUAAUUCAAAUUUCCUGUUGCUGUAGGAUUAUUUUCCUGCUGUAGCAAACUGGCUCAAAUUAAGAUCCUACAUCUGGAGCAUUACAUUAGACUGGGAUGGGGUCUCAACCACAGAAAAGGAACAUACUGUAUACCUAUUCAAUUAAUUCAGAUCUACACAAGUGUCUAGGGCUUGUUUCUGGACUGGGCCUAAAUGUUUAGCACAGUAGGAAAUGGUCUUCAAAGCACUUCAAUAUCAAAUCAAAUCAAAUGUUAUUUGUCAAAUGCGCCGAAUACAACAGGUGUAGACCUUACCGUGAAAUGCUUACUUACAAGCCCUUAACCAACAAUGCAGUUCAAGAAAGAGUUAAGAAAUUAUUUACUAAAUAAACUAAAGUAAAACUAAAUAGUAACAAUAACGAGGCUAUAUACAGGUGGUACCAGUACCGAGUCAAUGUGCAGGGGUACAGGUUAGUACAUGUAGGUAGGGGUACAGUGACUAUGCAUAGAUAAACAGCGAGUAGCAGCAGUGUAAAAACAAAGGGGGGGAGGGUCAAUGUAAAUAGUCUGUGUGGCCAUUUGAUUAAUUGUUCAGCAGUCUUAUAAUAUUAAUAAUAUUAAUAUGCCAUUUAGCAGACGCUUUUAUCCAAAGCGACUUACAGUCAUGUGUGCAUACAUUUUUACCUAUGGGUUGUCCCGGGGAUCGAACCCACUACCCUGGCGUUACAAGCGCCAUGCUCUACCAAUUGAGCUACAGAGGACCAUGGCUUGGGGGUAGAAGCUGUUAAGGAGCCUUUUGGUCCUAGACUUGGCGCUCCGGUACCGCUUGCGGUGCGGUAGCAGAGAGAACAGUCUAUGACUUGGGAGACUGGAGUCUUUUAAAAAACGUUGGGCCUUCCUCUUGCACCGCCUAGCAUAUAGGUCCUGGAUGGCAGGAAGCUUGGCCCCAGUGAUGUACUAGGCCGUAGGCACUACCCUCUGUAGCGCCUUACGGUCUGAUGCUGAGCAGUUGCCAUACCAGGCGGUGAUGCAACCGGUCAGGAUGCUCUCGAUGGUGCAGCUGUAGAACUUUUUGAGGAUCUGGGUACCCAUGACAAAUCUUUUCAGUUUCCUGAGGGGGAAAAGGUGUUGUCGUGCCCUCUUCAUGACUGUCUUGGAUGUGUUUGGACCAUGAUAGUUUGUUGGUGAUGUGGACACCAAGGAAUUUGAAAGUCUCGACCCGCUCCACUACAGCCCUGUCGAUGUUAAUGUUCGGCCCUCCGUUUCCUGUAGUCCACGAUCAGCGACUUUGUCUUACUCACAUUGAGGGAGAGGUUGUUAUCCUGGCACCACACUGCCAGGUCUCUGACCUCCUCCCUAUAGGCUGUCUCAUCAUUGUCGGUGAUCAGGCCUACCACUGUUGUGUCGUCAGCAAACUUAAUGAUGGUGUUGGAGUCGUGUUUGGCCGCGCAGUCGUGGGUGAACAGGGAGUACAGGAGGGGACUAAGCAUGCACCCCAGAGGGGCCCCAGUGUUGAAGAUCAGCGUGGUAGAUGUGUUGUUGCCUACUCUUACCACCUGGGGGCAGCCCGUCAGGAAGUCCAGGAUCCAGUUGCAGAGGGAGGUGUUUGGUUCCAGGGUCCUUAGCUUAGUGAUGAGCUUUGUGGGCACUAUGGUGUUGAAUGCUGAGCUAUAGUCAAUGAACAGCAUUCUCACAUACAGUGGGGAGAACAAGUAUUUGAUACACUGCCGAUUUUGCAGGUUUUCCUACUUACAAAGCAUGUGGAGGUCUGUAAUUUUUAUCAUAGGUACACUUCAACUGUGAGAGACGGAAUCUAAAACAAAAAUCCAGAAAAUCACAUUGUAUGAUUUUUAAGUAAUUAAUUUGCAUUUUAUUGCAUGACAUAAGUAUUUGAUACAUCAGAAAAGCAGAACUUAAUAUUUGGUACAGAAACCUUUGUUUGCAAUUACAGAGAUCAUACGUUUCCUGUAGGUCUUGACCAGGUUUGCACACACUGCAGCAGGGAUUUUGGCCCACUCCUCCAUACAGACCUUCUCCAGAUCCUUCAGGUUUUGGGGCUGUCGCUGGGCAAUACGGACUUUCAGCUCCCUCCAAAGAUUUUCUAUUGGGUUCAGGUCUGGAGACUGGCUAGGCCACUCCAGGACCUUGAGAUGCUUCUUACGGAGCCACUCCUUAGUUGCCCUGGCUGUGUGUUUCGGGUCGUUGUCAUGCUGGAAGACCCAGCCACGACCCGUCUUCAAUGCUCUUACUGAGGGAAGGAGGUUGUUGGCCAAGAUCUCGCGAUACAUGGCCCCAUCCAUCCUCCCCUCAAUACGGUGCAGUCGUCCUGUCCCCUUUGCAGAAAAGCAUCCCCAAAGAAUGAUGUUUCCACCUCCAUGCUUCACAGUUGGGAUGGUGUUCUUGGGGUUGUACUCAUCCUUCUUCUUCCUCCAAACACGGCGAGUGGAGUUUAGACCAAAAAGCUCUAUUUUUGUCUCAUCAGACAACAUGACCUUCUCCCAUUCCUCCUCUGGAUCAUCCAGAUGGUCAUUGGCAAACUUCAGACGGGCCUGGACAUGCGCUGGCUUGAGCAGGGGGACCUUGCGUGCGCUGCAGGAUUUUAAUCCAUGACGGCGUAGUGUGUUACUAAUGGUUUUCGUUGAGACUGUGGUCCCAGCUCUCUUCAGGUCAUUGACCAGGUCCUGCCGUGUAGUUCUGGGCUGAUCCCUCACCUUCCUCAUGAUCAUUGAUGCCCCACAAGGUGAGAUCUUGCAUGGAGCCCCAGACCGAGGGUGAUUGACUGUCAUCUUGAACUUCUUCCAUUUUCUAAUAAUUGCGCCAACAGUUGUUGCCUUCUCACCAAGCUGCUUGCCUAUUGUCCUGUAGCCCAUCCCAGCCUUGUGCAGGUCUACAAUUGUAUCCCUGAUGUCCUUACACAGCUCUCUGGUCUUGGCCAUUGUGGAGAGGUUGGAGUCUGUUUGAUUGAGUGUGUGGACAAAUGUAUUUUAUACAGGUAACGAGUUCAAGCAGGUGCAGUUAAUACAGGUAAUGAGUGGAGAACAGGAGUGCUUCUUAAAGAAAAACUAACAGGUCUGUGAGAGCCGGAAUUCUUACUGGUUGGUAGGUGAUCAAAUACUUAUGUCAUGCAAUAAAAUGCAAAUUAAUUACUUAAAAAUCCUACAAUGUGAUUUUCUGGAUUUUUUAGAUUCCGUCUCUCACUGUUGAAGUGUACCUAUGAUAAAAAUUACAGACCUCUACAUGCUUUGUAAGUAGGAAAACCUGCAAAAUAGGCAGUGUAUCAAAUACUUGUUCUCCCCACUGUAUGUGUUCCUUUUGUCCAGGUGGGAAAGGGCAGUGUGGAGUGUGAUUGAGAUUGCGUCAUCUGUGGAUCUGUUGGAGCGGUAUGCGAAUUGGAGUGGGUCUAGGGUUUCCAGGAUGAUGGUGUUGAUGUGAGCCAUGACCAGCCUUUCAAAGCACUUCAUGGCUACCUACGUGAGUGCUACGGGGCGGUAGUCAUUUAGGCAGGUUACCUUCACUUCCUUGGGCACAGGGACUAUGGUAGUCUGCUUGAAACAUGUAGGUAUUACAGAAUAGGUCAUGAAGAGGUUGAAAAUGUCAGUGAAGACACCUGCCAGUUGGUCCACGUGUGCUUUGAGUACAUGUCCUGGUAAUCCGUCUGGCCCCACGGCUUUGUGAAUGUUGAACUGUUUAAAGGUCUUGCUCACAUCAGCUACCGAGAGCGUGAUCACACAGUCAUCCGGAACAGCUGGUGCUCUCAUGCAUGCUUCAGUGUUGCUUGCCUCGAAGCGAGCAUAAAAGGCAUUUAGCUCAUCUGGUAGGCUCGCAUCACUGGGCAGCUCGCGGCUGGGUUUCCCUUUGUAGUCCGUAAUAGUUUUCAAGCUCUGCCACAUCCAACGAGCGUCAGAGCGGUGUAGUAGGAUUCAAUCUUAAUCCUGUAUUUAGGAUUUGCCUGUUUGAUGGUUCAUCUGAGGGCAUAGCGGGAUUUCUUAUAAGUGUCCGGAUAUCAAUCUCUUUAUGGCGUGAAUCAAUGACUUAUCCUCUGAACACCACAGUAUGAAAACAUUACAUACCAGAAUCUUUACCGGGCAACAUAGUUUUUCUUCUCCUUCUUUUCACCACAACCCGACAGAGUUCUGGAGUUCACUCGCCGACACCCAGAAUGGACCUGGGGACCUGCAGGCUCCACCCACCAUCAAUGCCCCACCCAUUACCACCAAGGCUCCGCCCACCAGUGCCACCCAGGUCAAGGCGGGUCUGUCCCAGGACCUGUGUUACCUGCUGUCCCGCGGCAGACAGGAGUCUCUUUGCUUCAUCAACCCUCUCUUUCUCCAGCUCGAGGUAGUCACCCUUAACAGAUCUAGGAACAGUUUACCCCACCCCAAUAAUAUCUUACCCUGAUUCAGUUUACUUGGCUUCCUUCAGCUGGAGGUAUAGACUUAGAAACAUCAACAUGGCUGUAAGUGGGAAGUCAUCCCAGUUUUUAAAGAUGAUGUCACCUUGCAGAGUCUACCUUUAACCACAUCUGGGAUCAGUUUACCCCACCAAAAUUCCUAACCAUAACCAUUAGGGAGAGUGAAAACAUAUCUGACCCUGAAUCAGUCGGUAUAGGGACAACUACCUACCUCUACCUCCUCUCUCCCUCCAGCAGCAACCACAGCCGCAACAGUCGAUCCCGGGGGCGUCACACAAACGCCACCGCUUCAAACGCAGCAUGAGGGUCCGUGUCUCUACAGAGAGCUCCAUGACUCUGUCUGGUUGUGGAGGUGGUGGAGGGGGGGCUGGGUCAUUCCCCUUGCCCCCGGAGAACCCCAAGGACCAGGAGAGGCUCCAGCCCACACCCCUCCAGCCCAGUCCCAACCCGCACAGGAAGGUCCAUCCUGGGGCUGGCGUCCUGAGGAGGACCCCUGCACUGUCCCCCAUGUCGGCCGAGGAUGAGGAUCUCGUGCCUGUACCGCCACCGGUAAGGGUCACUUUAUGAGAUAUGUCUCUAUCCUCUGUCUUAUUUUAUCUCUCUUUUCCUUCCUUCCUCCCUUUCUUUCUCACCUGAAAUCACACAAACAUACGCAUCCACUCAACACAAUCUCUAUUGCACUCCACACUGCCCUUUCCCACCUGGACAAGAGGAACACCUACGUGAGAAUGCUAUUCAUUGACUACAGCUCAGCAUUCAACACCAUAGUGCCCUCAAAGCUCAUCACUAAGCUAAGGAUCCUGGGACUAAACACCUCCCUCUGCAACUGGAUCCUGGACUUCCUGUCGGGCCGCCCCCAAGUGGUAAGGGUAGGUAACAACACAUCUGCCACACUGAUCCUCAACACGGGGGCCCCUCAGGGGUGCGUGCUCAGUCCCCUCCUGUACUCCCUGUUCACCCAUGACUGCAUGGCCAGGCACGACUCCAACACCAUCAUUACGUUUGCCGACGACACAACAGUGGUAGGCCUGAUCACCGACAACGAUGAGACAGCCUAUAGGGAGGAGGUCAGAGACCUGGCCGUGUGGUGCCAGGACAACAACCUCUCCCUCAACGUGACCAAGACAAAGGAGAUGAUUGUGGACUACAGGAAAAAAAAGAGGACUGAGCACGCCCCCAUUCUCAUCGACGGGGCUGUAGUGGAACAGGUUGAGAGCUUCAAGUUCCUUGGUGUCCACAUGACCAACGAACUAUCAUGGUCCAAACACACCAAGACAGUCGUGAAGAGGGCACGACAAAGCCUAUUCCCCCUCAGGAGACUGAAAAGAUUUGGCAUGGGUCCUCAGAUCCUCAAAAAAUUCUACAGCUGCACCAUCGAGAGCAUCCUGACUGGUUGCAUCACCGCCUGGUAUGGCAACUGCUUGGCCUCCGACCGCAAGGCACUACAGAGGGUAGUGCGUACGGCCAAGUACAUCACUGGGGCCAAGCUUCCUGCCAUCCAGGACCUCUAUACCAGGCGGUGUCAGAGGAAAGCCCUCAAAAUUGUCAAAGACUCCAGCCACCCUAGUCAUAGACUGUUUUCUCUGCUACCGCACGGCAAGCGGUACCGGAGUGCCAAGUCUAGGUCCAAAAGACUUCUCAACAGCUUCUACCCCCAAGCCAUAAGACUCCUGAACAGCUAAUCAUGGCUACCCGGACUAUUUGCACUGCCCCCCCCACCCCAUCCUUUUACGCUGCUGCUACUCUGUUAAUAAUUUAUGCAUAGUCACUUUAACUCUGCCCACAUGUACAUAUUACUUCAACUACCUCAACUAGCCGGUGCCCCCGCACAUUGACUCUGCACCGGUACCCCCCUGUAUAUAUAGCCUCCCUACUGUUAUUUUAUUUUACUUCUGCUCUUUUUUUCUCAACACGUUUUUUGUUGUUGUUUUAUUUUUACUGUAUUUGCACUGUUGGUUAAGGGCUGUAAUUAAGCAUUUCACUGUAAUGUCUGCACCUGUUGUAUUCGGCGCAUGUGGCCAAUAAAAUUUGAUUUGAUUUGAUUUGGUAACACUACGACGUGAAGGACUGAAAUCCUGCAGCGUCUGCAAGGUCCCCCUGCUCAAGAAAGCACAUAUACAGGCCCGUCUGAAGUUUGCCAAUGAACAUCUGAAUGAUUUUUUUUUUUUUUUUUAUAAAUGCACUGUUGGUUAAGGGGCUGUAAGUAAGCAUUUCACUGUAAUGUCUGCACCUGUUGUAUUCGGCGCAUGUGGCCAAUAAGAUUUGAUUUGAUUUGAGUUGAUGCAUCGUAUAAAGAUAUGACCAUGACUCCGUCUCUCCCCAGGCCCCAACAGAACCUCCAGUGACGGAGGUAAAGGAGGUCCUAUCUGCUCCAGACGAGCCCAGCAUCGAGGAGGCGUGUUUGGCCUUGGAGGGCCACCUGGCCCCCUCUCUGGCCCAACUGGACAGCAGCAGCUCUUUCAGCAGUCUGGAGGAAGAGGACCCAGAAGCAGAAGCAGAGGAUCAGUUCUUCAAACAACCAAACCCCAACCCUCAGCGCCGUCCGCCCCUUGUGCGCUCGCGGGGGGGUCACGGAGGCCUGCAGAGGAUGAGCGCGGCGUUCGUGUGUUUCUUCGCUCCGGAGAAGAGGCUCGCCAGGCUGGUGGAGGAGCUGUCCAGGGACCGGAGGUCAGCUAAACCACAUAUAAAUAUAGAGAGAGACUUUGGGAAAACUUGACGCCAUGUUAGUGACUUUGAGCAUUCAAUUUAUCUUUUCAUGACGAUUUUGGGGGAAUCUUGUUCUAAUCCUACACAUUCAUUUACGUGGCAUUGUUUAAAAUUCCUAAAUGAACUGCUAUUGAUUGAUAUUGCCCAUGGGGAGCUAACAUGGCUUCCAUGGAAUUAUGUAGUGUCAUGUAAAUGCAUCAUCAUGUUUUUGGUCGAAACCUCAAUGUCCAAACUCUCUCUGUCUCUGGAGGUCUGCGUUUGGUUCCCUGGUCCAGGAGUUCCUCCAGAGGCAGAAAGAGGAGCUGAGAGAGGUCCUGGCCCAGGCUGCCUCUUCAUCAUCAUCGUCUUCCUCGCCAAAGUCCUCCUUGGCGGUGCUCCAGGGGCUGCGGCGCUUCCUGUCCCAGGCCAAGAGCUUCCUGCUGGACAGCGGAGAACUGUCACCCCCCCUAGAGACCCUGGUGCCUGACAACGAGAAAGGUACCACCAUUGUCACAUCUAAGGAUGCAAGAAAAGAGGGAGGAAAAAAGAAAAAGAGAAGGGCGGGAAGGAAGGAGUAAGAAGAAUAUAUCAUACGAAUGGGAGAGAUACUGAGGAGAGGCAGGGAUUGGAAGGGGCAGGAUCUUCAGUAACUUCAGGUGUUCAGUAUCAAACACACAAAACAGAUUGUUAUGAUACACAGUACAUUACAAAGACAUUUAAAUGCUGCAAAACAAGCCAGUAUAAUAUUCACAAAAGACUAUAACAAAUAUUAUUAUAUAUUAUCAGCAUGUCAAUUAGGGAAAGCAUUACCACCACUGUCUAUUGGUUUGACAGGAUGUAUGAGAGAGAGAGAGAGAGAGAUUUGCGUCGGUGGAGGCAUUUUAAUUUUUAUAAUUAAAAAGAUAUCACAGUCCCACGUGCACUUGAGGAACAGCAUGAUUCUCAGGAGAGAGAGAGAGAGAGAGAGAGAGAGAGAGAGAGAGAGAAGAGAGAGAAGAAGAGAAGAGAGAGAUAGGCAGAGAGACGUCAGAGAUAUCUCGAGAUAGAGCUAGAGAGAGCUAGAGAGCUCGCUAUCUGCUCUCGUCGAGCUCUCUCUCUCUGCUCUCGCGCACCGGCUCUCGCCUCUGCGCUAUCUGCUCUCUCUCUGCGCUCUCUCUCGUCUCUCCUAUCUCUCUCUCUCUCUCUCUCUCUCUCUUCUUCUCUCUCCUCUCUUCUCGUCUACCUGUCUCUGCUUACUGCAUGGUGCUCUCUGUCCUGACAAUGUCAGCCUAGUCAGGGAAGCCUGUGACCCUCCACUUCCCCCUGUCCCUCAGUAAUGAAGAAUAAUUUCCUGACUGAACAAGUGUGUGGUGUGUGUAUAGGUCUGUGUUGUGUGUAUGGUUGUAUAGAACUGGUAAAUUGUUAUUUUAGAUACAUUUUUGAGAGUUUGUGCUCUGAAAUAAAGUGUAUAUUUCAUACAAUAUGUUUCCUUAUAAUCUUCAACUACUACUGUGUGUAUGCUUAUGCAUGUUUGUUUGUUUGUUUGUGUGUGUACGUACCUACGUAUGUGUUCCUCCAUGCAGACCUAGCCCUGGAGAAGGCCAUGUUCGGCUGUGUGCUGAAACCUCUGAGGCUGCUGCUAGACCAGACCCUCCUCUCCCUCCACAGACAGGACGGCUCCACCCAGCACCUGGUCUCUAGUCUCCUGGCCUGCCAAGAGGGGGCGAUGGAGCGCCUCGGAGUGCUGGUGGGCGUGCCCGACACCCGCGGCGUGGAGAGGGUGAGGCAGAAGCUGGGCCUCAUGCAGCGCACCCACUCACCCAUAGACAAGGUGCUGCUGCUGCUGCAGGUCUGCAAGUCGGUCCAGAAGGCCAUGGGGGCCCUCCAAGACGGUGGUGAGUGGGCCUUCACUUAGCCUAAUCUGAAAUGUAAAAUAAAGUAACCACAGCCAGUGAUUAUCUAUUAUAAAUAUUAACAUUGUAAGGACACCAUUUAUUUGCCUGUUAUAAUCUAGAAGCUGUUAUCAACUGUCAUAAUCAAUCAAUCAAUCAACUGUUAUUAAUCAAUCAAUCUGUUAAAGCUGUCUUGUGCCAUCCUCUUCCUGCUCCCAGGACAGGAAGUGAGCUCGGAGGACUUCCUGCCAGCGCUGUCCUAUGUGAUAGUGAUGUGUAACACGCCUCAUAUCUUACUGGAGGUGGAGUACAUGAUGGAGCUGCUGGAGCCCUCCUGGCUCACUGGGGAGGGUACGCACUACAUCCUAACUACACCCCUUAUAGCCUACACCCUAACUACACCCUAUCUACACCCCUUAUAGCCUACACCCUAACUACACCCUAUCUACACCCCUUAUAGCCUACACCCUAACUACACCCUAUCUACACCCCUUAUAGCCUACACCCUAACUACACCCUAUCUACACCCCUUAUAGCCUACACCCCUUCCACCUUAAUACAACAACACCCUUCCCAGCUAGCACAUUUAGAUGUUGUGGGAACGUAUGUUUUUGUUUUCCCAUUUGUUGUGGGAACAAAGCCAUACGUUUCCUGACUGGUAAAAUUGAAAGUGUUUUAAACGUUCUGAGAUCAGAAGUGAACAUUUAGCCUGUUAUGGGAACAUUUAUUUUUAGGUUGCAGGAAGUUCUGAGAACGUUAAAGCUUACCGCAUGCUUCCCAGUCGAAACAGUUCCAGCAUAUAUUAUGAUGACAUUUGGUGCCAUUUUUGUUUCCUGGGAGGUUUUAUUAACACUCUGAUAACUUCCUUAAAACAUUCACUGAACGUUUCAAUAAGACUUUUAAUAACACUGCUAGCUUAUUUUGGGUUAACUGUUUUGAACUCCAAGCACAGAUAGGACACAUGGAAAUGCAUUUUCUUAGGCAUUAAUCAUGAAAACACAUUCUUUUUGGACUGUUCCCCUUUUGUUCACUUUUGCUCCUCUAUUGUUCCUUAAGCAAGGGGGAGGCCGAUUUGCAUCAGACCAACUCCUUGACUGCCCUACUUGUAGUUGUGUCUAAAAAACACUAUUAUGCUCAAAACAUAUUUUUUUGUGUGUACUUUACUGUAUUUAUACUUGGGAUAUUGCCUUUCAACAGUAAAAGUUCAAAAAUCGCUGGAGGACGUCUUUAGGAUCAGGUGUGGCCAAUUAGUGGGAGCAGCCAACACACCUGAACAUACUUAAGAUGGAGGAUAGAGUUUUGUUGAUGCUGAGAGCGGAAUGUACGUUUUUAAAUAACAUUCUUAGAAUGUUCCUCUGAACGUUACUAAAAUUUUCUUUUAGUUUCUAUGGAUGAAAAAAAAGAAGUUUUUGGAACAAUUUGAGAACAUGACUUUAAAUAGAACCAUGUAGGAAACGUUAUGCUAAUGUCUUGAAAUUCCCACAGAAUAACUUUGUUUCUUAACGUUCUUGGAACAAUUUGAGAACAUUCCCAAUGUCAAACCAGUUGGAGAAUGUUCCUAGAAUUUUACCAAAAUUGAAAUUAAAUGUAUGUAAAUGUAAUUUUAACUUUUAGGAAAAGUUCUGUUAACCCUAAUUCCUCCUGUAAGUUGCUCUGGAUAAGAGCGUCUGCUAAAUGACUCAAAUGUGCUUGAGGCGUCGCUAUAGACCCGGGUUCGUUCCCAGGCUGUGUCACAACCGGUCGUGACCGGGAGUCCCAUAGGGCGGCGCACAAUUGUCAGAGCGUCGUCCGGGUUAGGGGACGGUUUGGCCAGGGGGGGCUUUACUUGGCUCAUCACGCUCUAGCAACUCCUUGUGGUGGGCCGGGCGCCUGCAGGCUGACUUCGGUCGUCAGUUGAACAGUGUUUACUCCGACACAUUGGUGCGGCUGGCUUCCGGGUUAAGCGGGCGGAUGUUAAGAAGCGCGGUUUGGCGGGUCAUGUUUCGGAGGACGUAUGACUCGACCUUCGCCUCUCCCGAGCCCGUUGGGGUGUUGCAGCGAUGAGACAAGGUUGCAAUUGGAUAUCACGAAAUUGGGGUGAAAAAGGGGGUAAAAAUGAAGAAGAAUAAAUAAAUGUAAAUGAAAUACCAAGAAAAUAACUAUUUUUUUGUCAAGUUACUUAACCCUUUACACUCGUGGGAAUUGGCCUAUAUGGAUAGGGCUAUAUUGAAAUGUUUCUUACAGAAGAAAUAUGAUAAGCAUAUGCAUAACCAUGGUAGCAAUUGAAAGGGAAAAUUAUUAGACCAAAGGUGAGUACACAACAGUUCACAUGACACAAGACUGAAUCCAAACAUUACACUGUUGAUUUUAUGUGUAUUUUACAUUUACUGUACUUUUCGCUGCAUUUGUUAACAACUAAAUCUGAAAAUACUGUGGAUACAUUCAGUAAAAUGAUAAGACUACUCCUGGAAAAUGUGGGGUAGGCGCAACAUAAGACAAAGAAAUGACAAGGGUUUGAGUGAGAGGACUAACUGGUGUCUCCAAGUGGCCACACACCUCUCCAAAGUGUGCACAGUUCCUAAGCAAUUGCAAUGCACUUUUAUGACUCAAAGAAGAGUCUUCAACUACAAGAUGCUAUUUUGAGCUCUCCAAGCUGUGCCACUGAGGAACUAGAGCAAGCAUACUUGUAGUUGUUUUCUUUGGAACACAGCCCUGCAUCCCCACCAUCCCACAAUUACUGUUGUUGUUUGUGCAAUCCAAAAAAUGGUCCAUUAUAAAUCGCAAUCUGGGUCAGCUGGGCAUGAUUUGAAAGCUUGUUCUAUUGCCAACAUGACUACCUAAGUUAUCAAAUAUGAUUUUACAGUGUUAGGCUGGGGUUACACAACGUUGUGUAUCGGCAGCCUUUCACAAGGCCAUUCAGAGAAACAGAUCGUCAUUUUGGUGCGCAUAGAAAGGAGUCUUGCUGCAAAUAUUCUGCACAAUAAACAAAUAUAGACUCAUUCUGUUCAGAACAACCCAGGGUAUGACGCCAUGCCAUCUUGUAACUACAUCAAACAUAUUUAUCAUAAACAUUGACACUGUAUAUGACAUGAGUUUUAUGAUAUGGAAAUGUGAAGUGCACAUUUGGACUCACGGGUGUGUGGCUUGCUUGUAUGACAUCAAAGUGGUAUUUAUUAUAAUCCUCAACGUCUCAUCUUUCAAAAUACAUAGUCAUCUUAAUUUACAGCAUUUCCCUCACUCAGACAACAAAAAAUUUGCUAAAGUUGCCCAGUUAGCGGGAGGGAUGGAGACAACUUGUUGCGCGCGGAGCUUAAGGUCAGAACGUCUGUCAGUCAAAACCCAUACAGAGCUCUGAUGUCAUGUAUAGCAUGUUACUGUACAGCCACUACGUUCCAGUUUAGGUGCUUAUUAGUGCCCAAAUCUGCCAUUUUCAACCCGUAUUUGGGUACGAGUGUAAAGGGCUACAUGUGCUGAGAAUGUUCCAAAGCCAAGCAACUAUCCUGCACCAUUACCAGAAAAUUGUGGGAAGGUUGAAUGCAAAAUAACCAUAGGACAACCACUCUCUCACCAAGCUCUAAGAAACAUAUGGUUCUCAGAACGUUAUGUGCUAGCUGGGUUACCCUCUCUACCCCAAAGGAGAGGGCACCACUACACACUUCACCCUUUUCCUUUAUAUACUACCUCUAAAAGAACAUUGCGGAUAAUGAAGACAUAACUGUGGUCUUGACGAAUAUGUAGAUACCAUUCACAGUCACUGUAUUGACAUUUCGCUGUGCCCCCACCCACUCUUCCAGGUGGCUACUACCUGACCACUGUCUAUGCCAGCCUCUGUCUGAUCCAGAGCCCUGAAGCGAAGGGGGACCAGGUCCCCCCAGGAGGUCUGACCCGAGAGGCCCUGGACGGGCUGAGGGAGUGGGGCCGCAGACGCAGCCUGGAAGCCAAGAGCAACCAUGAGAGACAACAGAACCAGGUGAAACACUAGCUCCUGGGUAAAGUUUCCCCUGGGUACAGAUCUAGGAUCAGCUUCCCAUCUCCAGUCCUAACCUUAACCAUUAGUGGGGAAACUGCCAAACUGACCCAAGAUCAGUGUCUAGUGGCAGCUUCACCCUACUCCGAGACAGACCUGGAUUCAAAUAGCAUUUGUUUUCUUUCAUAUACUUUAGCUGCGCUGGAUUGAGAUGCCAAAGAAAUAGUCCCAAAAGAGCAAACCCUGCCCAUCUAGUACUCCAGACAGACGCACCCUCCUCGUGCUUGUGACCGCCAUUCACCAGCUAACAUAGUAUGGUGGAUAGCUGGUUAGUGACGUGGGGAAUACUGACUCCCUUCAAAUAGCAGCUCGCUAAAACACACUCCCCUUUGUCCUAGUAUUUGAUCCAUCCCCAAAUGAUGACCAUUCACUAGAUUAAAUGGUACAAACACUGUUUUUAGCUAGUCAGUCACGUGGGCUACUCACUCUCUUCAAAUAGCAGCUAGCUAAAAAAAACACACGUACACACCACACACCCGCCAACAGAUUUGCUGUACCGCCACUGAGGGAGAUCAGUGAGCUAGCUAAGUGUUAUGAGGAAGUGGGCGGUCAGAUAGCAUGAAAUUUACUGAGCAGCAGCAACCCACUGAAGAGAGCAGAGCAAACACAAUAUGGACACGGACGGUGAAGAGCUCAGUGACUCUGUAAGUUGCUGCUUUUUAAUGUUGUUUAAGGAUGUGGUUAUAGUAGUGGUUAAUGGGAGAACUUGCUGUGUAAUGUAUUUGAGAGUGUUUAUAAAGGGUGUUUGAGAAUGGGUAGUGUGUGUAAGUGUGUUUAUUAUAUGGAGGCAUCUGGUACUGUUAUGUAAUACAGUGUAUACCGAACGUUUAGACUGGUUAUGUUAUGGCACACUGUAUUAACAGUUAGUAUAGAUGUAUAUAUAUUGUACUUUCAUGUAGACUAGUUCUGUGUAAGUGUAUGGAUUCAUUUUGUUAGGAUGUUAGGAUGAAGGGACAGUGUGGUUUAAUGGAGCUGUGUAUAUGUGUGUUUUAAAGUGUGUGUGUUUUAAAGUGUGUGUGUGUGUGUGUGUGUGUGUGUGUGUGUGUGUGUGUGUGUGUGUGUGUGUGUGUGUUUUAAAGUAGAAAAGUAAAAGUAUAGAAUUUGUUUGAAUAUUAAGGUAAUACAUGAAGACUGUUGGAUACAUAGUGAAGACUGGAUUCAUUGUAGGAUAUUUUGAGACUGGUUGGUAUUGAUUUAUGUUGAGGAAUGAGGAUUUCUGGUGUGUAUAGCCUACAGUAUGUAACGCUGUGUAACGCUGUGUAACUAACAGUAGCCUAUGGAGGCUGUGUAUACAACUAGCUCUCACAGUCUCACGUCAGAAUUAGACCUUCAUCCAUGUUUCUCAAACGUCACAUUUCGACGCUGUUCAAAACCUCAAAUGUCGAAGUGUUUAAGGUUAAGUUUUGGCAUUAACUCCAAAUGUUUUACGUUAGGGUUAAAAUUAGGCAUUAAUUCAGAAUUCUUAAGGUUAGGCAUUAACUCUGAACUUUCUAUCGCUGGAUUCGAACAUGCAACCUUUGAAAAUCAGAGGCAGAUGCUUACGCCCAUCCGCCAUCCCUGUCCUCAACGAAACCUAUUUGAAGGUAACAGUGUUCACUGUUGCCCCUAGUGGCCGGUUUCCACCUCAUCUCACGAUGUCUUCAGACAUGGAUGGACAUCAAAUACUGACUUGUAUCACGGGUGACCAGCCUAGUGUAUAUUAUGUACUGUUUACAGUAUUGAGUUAGUUUGGUUUAAAUGAAUGGAAGACAGUAUAUUAUUUUGAAGCUUUCUAAUCUUUGUGAGUCUUCUGAAGGCUAUGUUAUAAAGGCUGUUUAUGUGAGUUAACAAGAUGAUACAUUUUGUAACUCAUUUUUUGUGUGUGUUUCUGUUUCUGUAUGUGUGUUUGUUUCUCUCUGUGUGUUUCUCUGUGCAGAGGUGUGUUCGGGUACUGUUCCAGGACGGCGAGCGCAGCGCGGUGCGGACGCUGCAGUGGAGAGCCGGGGAAAGCAGCGAGGCCCUGGCCCAGCUCUGUGCCUCCACCUUCGGCGUCUCCGAGCCCCAGGACUACACCCUCUACUGGAGGUCCGGAGGGGAGAUGAGGACCCUUCCCCCCCAGACACAGCCUCAGGACCUGGCCAGCCACAGUGAGGGAGGCCCCUCUCUCUCCUACCUUCGCACAGACCACGACUUCAGCAAGAUGCGGCGCCUGACCAGAGGGGGAGCUGUGGACCUGGGGGAGUCCGUGUGUGAGGAGUGA